ACAAAAAAGUUUGGAAAGUCCUGACACUGUUACACCGCUGAAUGCAGCCGAACCCUCCACUCUCUGGACUAUAGUUUACAGCCUGUGUUAUUCAAAACGACACCUUAUCCAAAAAGUAAGUGUUUUACCCUUUAUUUUCGCUUUCAUAUUGCCUCAGUGACGUUUAGUGUACUUCAUUUCCCAGGGAGCAUGGCGGUAGUCGGUUUAUUAGUGUUUUCUUCGUACUUUAACGGUCUACUUUAUUACUAACGAUAGCCGAACAGCGGUGUAAACACUCAUGUAGAUUAGACAUUACAGCCAAAUUGAAGAUAAGUGGAAAUGAUUUAAACUGUUGAAUACUUACUUUGCCUAUCUACUUUGCCUCUUAAUAUUAAAAUGCUACUUUCACCAAUUAAUCGAGUCUUGCUAACUGAAGUGCUAAAAAAUUUACAUUAUCUUUCAUUGAAGAGGUUUUUGUUUUCCCUUCAAAGUGCAUAAACAGUUUACAGAGGCUCUUCCUCUCCCUCUAUAUGAAUCAUAAAACAGAAGCAGCCUCUGUCUUAUCUGAUCCCUGCAUUGUGAUAUUAUUUAAAGAAAGCCAUGCUGUAGUGCUUCCUGACAGAGUCGGCCAGAAGUUAGUGACCAGCAGAUAACCCUUGGAUGCUGACCCUCAUUGUGCACCAGGAAGAGGGACAGAAUUAUUGUGGCACUGUCUGUGGAGGAAAAUCCUGUCAUCCCAGGGCAGGAAUUUGAGACAUUUGAUCAACAAGGCUGCGUUGAAUGGGUUGUGUAAAUGACCGGUGGCCUUUUUUGUUCGCAAUUGUUUUUGGCUUGGAACUUGCAUUUUAUCGACUACAGACACAGCACCUUAAAAAGUCAUGCAAAGAAUACCAAUCAACACCAUAUCUAUUGUUAUUUAGCAUUAGAUUAUAUGUUUGAGCUAUUAACUUGCAUGCAGUAUAUGUUUUGACAUCAUCCCUUCAGAAUAAGAGCCUCUGCGUCUUUCCACUUCCUUAUCAACCAUCAGGUCUUCUCAUAACUUACCGCCCCCUUCUUUCUCUGACCUUUGACAUGUAGAGAUAUAAAUUGUGAGCUUUUUGGCUUCCACAGUCACUGCUGCUCCGCCAUCAGACAAGGACCAUUCAAGCGCCACUUGAUUAUCUUCACGUCCCUCAAAGACCCAGACUCAGCCUCUACCAUCCCAAAACUUCAAUCCCAAAUAUUAGAGCAGAGAUGAAGGGUCACAUGACACGGUUUGUCGUGCUUCUGUGCAUCACUGCUGCAGCCAGGGGUAAGUCUAGCAGCUGAUAUUUUGCAUCUUUUCUUUAAAUUCAUUAUUGUUAUUUUUUAUUUAAACUCUGGACUCCAAACCUAGACCUUCUGGGGCAUUCUUCUGUCACUGCAAGAUUAAAGGCAGAUAUGAAUCUCAUCUUGUACUCAGCUCUGACGUAAUUUCAUUAUCAAGACAUGACAGAGUGUUAUUCCCUCCAGAGUUUUGUUCCUGCUCACUAAAUCAGGAUUUUCCGCCUGGUCAUUGGAGUAAGAUUGUGUGAUAUUGUGAUUUGGUAGCUCAUACAUAGAGCAACUUGUGUAUUAAAGAGCCUUAAACAUAAUAAUCCACUAUAAUGAAAGUAUUUUACCACUAUGUAAACAGAAGAAGCAUUUGUUGGAGUAGUUGAUUAAGAUUAAAGAAGUUUUUUGUGGGGUCCUAACACAGAAAUGAAGAAAACAAUUCAGGUAUUCUUGGAUUUGAAGUGAUCCUCCCCUCUUUGCCCCCUGCCCCCCUUUAAGUUUGGCUGUGUGUGUCUGUCCAUAACAAAUUCAAACCUGUAAUCCACACAAGGUGGUAAAGAGAUGUGAAACCCUCCCUGCACCCUCAGGCUAUAAUCCAGACUCCCACUCUGCUCUUCUGCUCUAGGGUGUUAGGGGCUAACUUCCCUCCAGCUAUCUUUCAUAUGGGGCGGCUGCAUGCUUUUUCGAUUAAAACAACAGUUCUUUGAGGUUACUUUCUGGGUAGUUAGCUGAGAAAAACUUUAUAGACGAUGAUCAAAAACAAGACUGAGAGAAAAACUUUGACAUUGCAAUCCAAAAAAUAUUCUUUAUUGGAAGUACAAUAAACUUGUGAGACUUCACAGCAGGUAUGUAUUGACAAAUCAAAGAUGUUGGACUUAAAAUCAAAGUUCAGUUGAUGAAUUUACUUGUUUGGUACUCGUUUUAUGUUAAUCAAAAGGGUUGUCAUUCUUGUUAGUAUCACUGAGGACUUGUCGUUGGAUAUAUGUUUGAAAUCUGUCAAUGUAGGUGCCAAGCGUAAUGUGCAAAAAGCAACCUAAUAGUUCAAAGUGUUUUCUACUUGCUCAAAAUAAAAUAUUCCAAAUCCACUGGUCUUAUUUGGAAACAGUGGCAUCAAGAGUUCUGUUACCUUUCCCUACAAAAUUUCACCUUGAAAAUGGACUUCUCAACCCAGUGAGUGAGGUGGUUAUACUUUAUUGACUGUAUAUGUCAACUGCUGCUACAACCAGAAAGUGUUAAACUGUUAAAAUUAUAUAUUAAAGCAGACCAUAUGUAAAGCACAGUUUCCAGCAGGCCCUUAAUGUCAAACAAGAACUCAAAAUGCACUCGCUGUUAUGUAUUACCCUAAAAACAAGCUGUGCGCAAAAUAAGAGCACACAUUACUUCUAUAUUGCUGCACUUCAGGGUGAAAGAAGCACUUUAAAGUGCUGGAUAACCUUUUCCUCACUUUGUGUUUAAACAUAUUCAUCAGAAAAAUAAAGUCUCUUUUCAAAUACAACAAAACUCACAGGCAAACAAAACUUGUGCCAGAAUAACAAGCUUGUUCUCUUCUCCUGGCCUUUGCGCUGACCCUCUGUAUGACAAAUCACAAUAUUGCCACAAGUGUUAAACAGCCUCUCAGCAGGGUGCGGGUGGCAGGGAUACAGAGGUGGGCUUUUUGGCCAAAUGGCAGACGUUUGCAGAGUUGACCUUGUGCGGCUUCCACUGCAGGGGAUCAUUCUCUCUGUCUGCUGCUGGAGUCUGUGAGGAGCUGUUUAGCUCAGCCCUUAAUUGCCUCUGUGAUACAUCGUCUUGAAUUCACUAUCUGUUUUCCGUCGUAGACAGAUUUUUCUAAGGAUUUCUCUUCCUCUAGCUGCAGUGGCUUUAGUAGAAAAAGCUUUAGGAGGAGCUGUGGCUCUGUUCUUAGCUUGUUCUCUGACCCUAUUUACCGAAUGCUGAAGCAUUAAUCAUAACAUUGGUGUGACAUGUAGGACUUCCCCCAUCGAGGGUAUUGUUUAUUAAUCAUUAUGUUGUCCAGUAUUGUCUUAUUAAUCUGUCAUUUUCUCUGACAUUGUCUCCAGGGCUUAGUCCUGCUUUGUUGUCCAACGAAUGAAGCACAAAAAAUAAGGUAUGACAGGCUGAGUCAAACAGAGCCGUUGACUCAAAUUUGCAAAAGCCCAGACUAGAUACAGUGCUGUGAAACGAAUCAACACCCAUACAUUUACAUUGUGAUUUGAGCUCUGUUUGUUCAACGGCAUCGUUGCCAGCUGCAAGUCUCGGUGGGAGUAGCCACAGUGUCAAAGUCCCUGAAAAGAAGAAGUAAACACAGAAAAAGUAAAUCAAAAACAGCCUGCGGCCUGCAACAAAUCCCACAACACUCUCAGUCAGUUGCAGGCGACAAUAUAUAGAGUUUUACUUUGGCUCGGUUUUUCUGCUGCUUCACUGAAACGUAUUUCAUGUUUAACCCUCUGAAAGCUCCUCCAUAUCAGACUUAUUAAGUCCUUCUGUGAUAUCUGAAGCAAGGAGAAACAUUCUAGUAAAGGAACGUAAUAUCCUUUUAAGACCACAUCUACUUUACAGAUAGUCUUCUAUAUUAUACUUGAUUCAUACACAACUUUCAGUUAAGUCGCAGGAUUAUGCCUCAGUAUUAGUGUGAGACUCAAGCGCUUACUUACCCACUUCAUUUCCUGCAAGUGAACACAUAAUUCUUCCUUCAAGCAUCCCCUCGGGGGUUCUGCUAUCAUGUAUUUACACACUUUAAAAGAUGCAGUAAAUAAACGGCUUGAUUUAAGGAUUGAUUUGUGUUGUGCAGUACAACUUUCACAUUACUGUCGGGGGCUGUAUUUUGCGUGAUUUCUAGAUGUCCUCAAAAACUCCCGACUUUCUCACUGCUAACAAAAAGAGGAUGCAAAACAAUCUGAACAAUGCUGCAAAAGCGAGAUGCUGUUUUGAUCAAAGCUUAGGAAUAAGUUUCAAAAAGUGCUUCUGUAGAUUAGAACACAACUUUUGAGGUUUCAACCCCAACACCUACCAUUACAUAAUCGUAAUUUUGCGCCUAAACAUGACUAACAACAAUCUAUUUUGUCUUUUAAAUCCAAUGCAGCAGUACUAGGUUAUCUUUUUUCUAAACCAAUCACUGCCUAUGUCUUUUAAACCUGAAAAACAUCAUCCUAAGUUUAUAUUAAAGUUCCUUAUAUACAGGGAUCAGCCCAGCCUCUCUUUUGUUUACAGCUCAUCCAUAAUCUCUGGACAGACUUCUGUCAGGCUCCAGUAGAACAGACAGCAUCACACCAGUCUUAGUUUCAUCACACUGCCUCUCUGUGAGGUUAAUUGUCUUUAAAAUUUUCUGCCGCUUGUUUUGAAGGCCUUACACGGUCCAGACGACGAGUUUAUCUCUAAGUGCCUGCGGUGCCUCGAUUUGUCUAAAUCCCCUCAGUCAUUUAACGGGGGGUAUUUGUUUGUGCCAAGAUCAUACAGCCGCAGUUGUCUGCGCAGCGGUGGAAUUCAUUCUCUGUCUGUGUUUGGUCAGCUUAGGCCUUCCUUUGAAAUGUUUGUUGUGUUGGACAUCACUCUGUUGUUUAUCAUGUUUAUUUUCGUCUGUUUUUGCUCCUGGGUGGUUCAAACACUUUCUGCAACUUUGUCGUGCGGAGGGAUGUGAUGUAUGGAUUUAGUCUUUAGGGAUUUAUCACAACACAUAGUGCAGACAGGAGUGAGAAUGUGCAUCUGGAUAAUUACAUGUUGUAACCCUUGCUAUUUGGCAUCAGAAUAGGGCUGGGCAAUAAACCGAACAUUUACCAAUACCGAAAUUUGUCAUUUUGCCCAUAUCGGUAUAUUCGGUGUCAAAAAAACAAAUAAAUAAAAGUUGGUUUUGGAUGUGUGUAGGUAGGCGAUGGUCUCAUGUCCCUUUAAGACGCUGUCCUACAUCAGAGACGUGACUCCACCUCAUCCAGUCUGUAACAAAGAGGGAAAGACAGGUGAGGAGAUGGAGGACGGUUCAAAAGUUGUAGCGGCUGAAGUAGAUAAAGUUAGUGUGGGAGGGUGUGAGCAGCUUGUGGAGUAGUUAUCGUCCAUUUAUCGUUAUUGAGGUGAACUGCUCAAUUUUUCGUGAUAUUGACUUGAGGCCAUUUCGCCCAGCCCUACAUCAGAGUUACUAAUUAUCUGCAUCUUCAUCGUUGUAGACCUGGAAUGUCAGUCACAUGUUGUGUCCAAGUUAUAGCACAGCCACUGACCACAUACACACAAACAUAGAUGAUAGAUGGCACUGUGUAGCCUGGUACAGUUGGGCUUUUAUUAUAUAGAUAAUAGAGAUCAAGUUGGAUUUAGGCUGUGGCAUAAAACUAACUUAGAUGAUGUGCAUCCAGCGCAGCCAUGUGGACUUUAAUCUGCAAAGAGGACUUUGCAAAGUUACCAUUAGACUCUGUGGUCCUGUGUGAACUGAACUGAGCAAAUUUUUGACUGUUUGCUUAGUUUUUUCUUACCUUUAGAUCGGUAGGUAAACUCAAACCAUGUAAACUCAAACCAAUUCAUGUUCAAACGACCAGGAUAUUAAGAAGAUGAAGCAUCUAAUGACCAGACAACAGAGAAAAUACAUUUGAACCUAUCUCUUGAGGAGCUGCAUAAUUGAUGUAUUAUGACUCUGUAAAGGCAAAUAAGAAGUUAGAAAUUGGAGAUGCAGAGGGCAAGAUUUCCCAUCUCCAAAACUGCUCCUAAAAUCAGAUCUUCUUGACUAUAACUCCUCUGGUUUCUAACACAGACAUCUGGUGUAAUUUCUCUGAGCGUAACCCUCAUGACAUCACCAGAGUUGUUUCUCUCUAACUCCCCCAGACUCACGCUGAAGAGUUAUGCAACACUUUUCUCAGUAUCGCCCCUUGAACAGUCAAUUUAACUGUAAUUCAUCAAGCUGACUUCAAAAUCUUCAGAUUGUCGCUGCUGUUUACUUCUUGCCUGUAAUGUUGAGCUAAUGAUGAGCUUCCACUAGAUACAAAUCGAUGAAUAAAUAGCUGUUUUGCACCUCCGUAGAGGGAGAUUUUCAAUUUCUUUAAUUCCAGACCACUUUAUAACAGCAAGCACAACAAGCGCUGCCACUUAAGCUGCUUGUAGCAGUCGCUCAUUUCAACAAUUAUCCAUGCGUCUGACUGAAGUCUUUGUAUUUAGUGAUUUUAUCCGCUGUGUGCCCGGCAUUUCCUGGCGGGGAAGUAGUGUUGAAUAUGCCCCCCGCUGCAGCAACUUUCCCAGUGGGAGCCGGGUAUCAUGAUGUCAACCGCCAGACCUCCUGCUGCAUUUUCUUCCUACCCCAGAGUCUCCCUCCACGGGCUAAAGGAAAAGCACAAAAGUGAUUAGCGCAGCCACUGAAGGGGAGGGGGGGGGCUGUCUGUCUGAAGAGGAAUCUUAAAGAGGGAAAGGGAGCGAGACAGACCGACAGACUAGCACAGAUAACAGAAUUCAUAAGGACUGAUUCAUGGAGACAGUGAGGGAGUGGGGGGUCAAAUGCGUGUGACUGUCAGAGAGCAGAUAAGUAGUUAAGAGGGGAGAUGGGGGGAAAAAGGGGAUUCAAAAAAAGCAGAGGGGAAGAUAAAGGACAAGUUUGGUAAAAGUAAGAUGAUGUGGAGAUGCAUUUGGAUAAAAAGUUAGAAAAAGGAAGAGAAAGGGAAAAAGAAAACAAAAUGAAUUUAACAGCUGACAGGAGACAUUGAAAAAGAAUUAAUGAAUCAGAAAGAGACGACGAAGAUUUUUUUCUCAAGAAAAGCUCGAGUAGAUUGGGUUGACGGGAAAAAAAACAAGUCAUGUUAAAAAUGGCGUUGAGAGUCAAAACAGUCCACUUCCCCUGUUUGACUGCAGUGAGCCAGCUCAGCCUGCAGUCAGACUGGGUGGCAGGGAGACGCGACCACUUGUCGCUGCCUCAGACCGAUUUCAAUCUCCUCCAGUGUUAUGCCCCUCCCAAAUAACAAUCCAUUUCUGACUGCGCUGCUUUUCCUCUGUUUGAAUACAGAACUCAGUGUGAGAGAGGCUCCCCUCCUCUGGUAGUUCCCACAUUUUUUUCACCGGCUUACACUUCACUGUUAUUUUGGAUGAUGGGCAAUAAAGAAAAAUGAUAUAAUACUUUUUAAUCUUAAGUAGUAGCGUUUAUGUUAAAUUAUGCUGAGUGGGCAUAUGUUUCACCCUUUCCCUUUUUUUAUUUGCACAUAAAUCAGAAAAAACUCCAACUUCUUAUUCUGACAAGUAAAAAAUAAGAACAAAAUAAGGAGAAAAAUUGCUUUCUGCUCUCUGGUUUCACUUCAACCCUUAUUUUUAUUACUCAGACAAACUCUGCAGGACUCUGCAGCAAACUCAGCAACUUUCCAGUGUUAUCUCCCCAUUUUUCUUUCACUUUCUAUAACAGGAAACAUAUUUUAGUCUCCCCUCGCUGCGAGGGAGCCUUGUGUUAAAUUGUGUUAAACUCUGUCCUCAAGCAGACCUAAAAGCCAAAAAGUUUUCACCUUUUUUGUGUGAAAGUAUUGAAUAAUGACCUUUUGAUACUUAUUUAAUGCCAGGUCUUUACCUUUUAUGUCACGUAAAUGUUUUUAAACUACAGUAUAGCAUUACUGCAGAGGCCAAGCUUGGCUCUAAAGUUCACAUAUAGAAACUGCACAAGCCUGAGAAGCAGGGCAGUCCAUAAUGUUCAUCAUUAUAGAUCAUUAUAGGCUCCAUAUUAUGACUCUUCUCUGUAUCUUGUCUGACCUUCUCUUGACCAUCAUUACUGUGGGACAGCAAGGUCCGGCACCCUGAGGCUCCAUGCUCCUCACUCUGCAGCAGCUUGACUUCUGGAUGGCUCAUUAGUAGCAGGCAAGAUAAACGCCUCAUCAGCAUGGCGACCACUUGUGCUCAUUUUAACAUGCCUGCUGUCUGCACAGAUAAGGCAUGGCAUUAUGUGCGCUUAUCUCAUGGUCUGUCUGACCAUGGUUAUGCCCUGCAUGGGAUUGCACAAAUGCAGGAAACAUACCUGUGUAUUAGGACUGAAGUUGGAAGAUUCCAGACUGACUCGCCCAAGCCGAAGUCAAAAGCGAAUGGUUAGAGGAACUUUUGGGAGGGUUUCUAAUCUCAGGCGAAGCUGGUAUCUGUCUUUGAGCUGACUUUUAUUGAUGAGGGUAAAGUUCCUCAGGGCAGAAACUGAUGUUUAAUCUGUCACUUGCAUAUCCAACAAUUGUUCUCUGAUGAUUUUUUCCUGAAAUGCUUCACGUCACAUUUUUUCAAGACUGAAGAUUCAUAGCUUUGAACUUUGCCCUCCACCAGAGGAAGUUCCAAGAAACCCAAAAAUAGCACUCAAAGAGAAAGUUCAUUUUUCUUCCUCAUAGAUGUACCCUGAUGUCUGAACUGGUCAGCGCUUUACAGUUUCCAGUGUGCAACAGAGUGUCGAAUAAUGGCAGAGCCUCUUGAUUCAAGCACUGGGUGGGUAGUUUUCCUGUUGAUUCAGGUGCUACACUGGUUAAUCUGUAUUUAGAAAGCUGAACUCGCUCUCUGAUGUGUGGCUGUGUGUGUGUUUGUGUGUGUAUCUUUGAUGUGAUGAGACCAUCCUCUCUGAAUUUGAACACUGGGUUUUUCAUUUGCUUAUAUUUCUGUGAUAUGUCAGAAAGCAGAAUGCUCAACUCAAAGUAAAAGCCUUGAGACAUGUGACAGAUUAUUUUAAUCUGCUCACAAACUGUAACUACAACAAAUCCAACAGUCAAACUGGAGAUACUUAAUAAUCUCUUAGCACACGCUGGAGGGAAUGAAGUUACACUUGUCAAACGACUCUCCCUGGCCCAGACACUUCCAUUAGUUAAAUUGUGAAAAGGAAAUCAUAAACUUGAAGCUCGCAGAUCUCUCUUGGAUAUGAUUCAAGACCUUUAUAUUCAUAUUAAGUCUAUUUUCUUGUCACCAAAUAAAAUCAAAUAUAAUAUUUUGCGACUGCCAGACACUUUUAAAAGCAUCAGUGAGCGGGAUUCGUUUUUUCUCUUGUCUCUUGGAAGUCUUGAAAGAGCCGUCAAUCGAUAGCGGAAACCUCUUUCUUCUGGGUUGCAGAGUUGCAAUCAUAAUUGUAAAUAUAAAUGGUUCAUUGAUUGUCCUCUCGACUUCAUUCACUUCAGAAAAAUAAUAAAUAAAAAAUAUAUAACACAGCCUUAGUUGGUAUGCCGCCCUCAUAUAGGAAACCAUUAAUAUUUGCUGGCAAAAAUCAGUCAAGAAAAACGAGCUAAUCUCUGUUGGUUCUACACCAAGCAUAUGUUGUGCAAAGCUACAUUAAUCUUGAAUGAUUGGGAGCAACCGGCGUGCGAUGAAUCUCUAAUGCUUCAAUCUGCUUUGGUUGCUCACAGUUAGUAUAGGAGCUUCUAAAUUAGUCUGUCCAUCCAGCAAUUAACUCUUAGAUGAUUAAUUGUGUUUUUCUAACGCUUUUUUUUUUUGUUGUGUGUAUUUUUGGAAAAAUACUAAGCAUGACUGAAUGAGAAGGUGGCUCUACAUUUUAAAGUUCCUGUGAGGAGUUUUUAGUUGGUUAUUAAACAGACUGAAAUUAAUACCCCUGGUGCUUUAUGAGCCUGAAAAUCAAACAAGAGCAUCAGCAUAGAUACCGAUCAUUUCCAUACUGUUAUUUUAAUGUUUAAAACUCCUGCCGCAGGGUAGGUAUUGGACAAACUUAUUAACAAUACAGUGCAGAUACAGCUUUAAUUUCUUUACUCAAAGAUUCUUGGUGAGUGCUACAUUAAAAGAAACCAAAGAGCUAAGAGGUGAUGGUCCACAGGUGGUGGACACAUACAAAAAGUUCCUCAGAGAAACUUUAGUGUUAGAUUUUAGGGUGUCAAAUGAAAAUUGUGAUAGUACAGAGAAAAACACACUUGAUUGAGUCGAAUCAACCUUCAUCAAAUACUAGAGUAUUGUCAGAAGUGAGCCGCCAGCAGGGCUGAAUGAGCAAAAAACUGAGGAAGUGAACCAUAGACCUUCCAUACGCCACCGUCGGACUUGUUGUUCCGCCGGCUUCCGACAAUGACGAGACGACGGACGAAUGGCUCCCAGAGGUGUAAACAGAGCUAGUGUGAAGACAGGCUGUCUCCAAAACCUGCUAUCACAUCCUCAGUUCCUCUCCAGCAGACAGUGGACACACGCGAAAAAGUCUUGAGCCAUUAAACUGACAAGACUAAUCAGCAAUCUUUCUUUUUUUUUUUUCUCUUUUGUAGAGAUUUUUUUUUUUUUUUUUUUUUGGAUUUCAGGAGAAGGAGGUGAGAUGGUCAGGAAGCGUGUGUUGCAUGGAGUGUGUAGUAAUGCAGGGGUGAGAGGCCAGGGGACAGUGCAGGCCCCUGCAGAGCACUGAUAAGGGCUUGUUUACCUUCCUGUGGAUGGUCAGGCCUCAAUCUGCAGCUGCGGAAACGCCAGGACAAUAGGUGUGUGUGUAUAUGAGUGUGUGUGUGGAGUAAAGAGAGAGAGAGACUUGAAGCUCUUCCUCUCCCUUUCCAACAAACUCUGAUAGGACGUCUGACCCCUCCCUCCCCAUGCCUCUGCCUCCCCCAUCAUGACUCCGCCGUCCGACCCUGGACACAAACAGUUUAUUCUCCCCUAAGGGAACCAGGGAGACAGCUUGGCUUGACGGCGUCUGCUGCCAGGGCUUCCCCUCCUGGUUUUUCUCCCUCUCUGUCUUUUUGAAUGCAGCUCUGUGUCCUACGUGUCUUCCUUUUGCAUUUAAACUCAAGGCAAGUAGCUCAAGCUCCUUCUUCAAAAUGACUCACAAUGAGGGAAGGCGUGAAGUCAGGGUGUGAAAUCAAGUUUGGCUUUUUGCUUGCCCGAGGUGAGUGAAAAGGCAGCUAGUUUUUGGACCACAAGUGCUCAAUGCCUUGAAUCUAAAUCUAUUUGGCUAAGAAUUUCAUCAAAAAAUUUCAAAUUCAAGAGCUCUCCACUGCCUGUCAGUUCUCAGCAAUGUCAGAACAUCAAGGAAACUCAAAGCUGAGGCAACAGUGGUACAAACACAGGCAGAGAGUUCUUGAGAUCUUUAAUUCAAUAGCAGUUCACCCUAACAAACAGCUCUGGCAGUAGUAUGGUUAAAAAGAACUUCAGUGCUAUAAAUGCACCAUUUGCACUUAAUUUGCGCCAAUUAUUUUGUCCUGAAAACCGAUGUUAACAUAGACUUCAUUCUUGGUAAAUGACGAUCUCAGAACAAACUUUAAAACAAUCAUUUUAAUUUCAGUGAAGUCUCAGAAGUUACAGAAGAACUUAAACAGCGCAAAAGUGUCUGUUAACCUGCAAUUAUGUGACUUUAAAGUGAGGCUGUUGAAUGAGCAACCAAGCCGUCAGCAAGCCGACCACCAAGUAUGGUAGGCUACUGUCACAACCAGUAUCACCUUAAUCCAACUCAUGUUCAAACAGUAACUACGGCAACUGCACUGGUAACUAAAUUAAAUGUAGCGUCAAACCAAGAUGGCUACCGUGAAACAAGGAAACACACUGAGUAUACGGUCUAAGCCAACACUGAGAGUGGCAGACAUAAAUACCCUACAGGUGCUGUUACCCAGUAUCUGGAUGAGCAGAUUGUGCUUUUUUCCAGUGGAGUAACCGGCAAUCAAGUCAGUGCUUCAGAAAUUUGCUUCAGAAAGUUACCGAAAGAUUUAUGGUUUAUUUCCAAUCUACAAAGGCUUUAUACAAUCUUGCUCAAGUUGUUUGUGAUCCAUCUUACCAUGUAAGGUUGAAAACUGAAAAUGCAUAAAAGUACUCUCAGUCAAUCAUGGCGAACAGUCUCAGCGGAAAUCCUAAAUAGAGUUAGAAAAUAUGCCUUAAUACUUAGAUUUCUAGUAAGCCUGAUUAGAAAUUCUAUUUUUACCGUUGAUCAAUUCUUGUUUGGCAGAAUUCAUGCUUCCUGCUUAUUUUGACUUCAGUGGAAACAGCAGAGCUGCCAUUUUUUUCUUCAUUAAGCUGAAUCGCUCUUAGUUUCUGCGGACUGAAAUGUUCAGAAAUGUUCAAAAAAAGAAGUGAUGAUCUGUUCACUUAGAUAUACAGUAACUAAUAAAAGGUUUCUGCUUGUUGUACUUCUGUUUUCUGUGAAGUAACAGACAGUCAGGAGCCGCGGUAGGUCAUGUCCUGGACAAAUAACGAAACAGAAACUUUGAAUCAUUGGUAUUAACUGUAACACACUGUCCAUAUAAGCUCACCUUGCUAGGCUUGGCCUACAAGUUGACUCAACUUGAUCAGGCAAACCCCUGCUACCAACUUACCUAUAUAUUGUUGUAUUUAUGCUUACACCACAACUUUAACUACUAAAUCGUAGUAGAGCAGCAAAAGUUGUAACCAAUGUUGCCCGAAAAAAAACACAAUACAUUCAGGUGCAAAACAAAAUCUUGAGCCAAGUUUCCAGAUAUCUGAGGUGUUAGAAGACUGAUAUUAACUAAAGAUAGUGAUUGUCAAUCUGAUCCCAAAAUGGUCCUAGUAGUUGGACUGACUUCUCGGUAUUGUAAAGAUGUAUGCUUUUCAAUAUGCAAAGGGAUCUACUGUCAAGGCAGUAAGGGAAGAAAGCAGAUACACCCUUGAAAAGUGAGGACACCAGAUUAAAAGAAGAGUUCUCCUUGUUAGCUGGUAGACUCUUAGUUGCAGCAGAAAGCACAGAAUUGCUGAGGGCGAUUUAAAGUGCAUCAUACUGUAAGUUUUUCAUCACCUCCAGAAAUUGGCCCAGUCUACAAAACUGGGUUUUCUCCAAAGGCUGCCUCACUAGCAGUAAAUUGGCUGUUAUCGAUCCUGGCUGCACACUUGUGAAGCUUAAUUUCAUGAGCGUUCAAUCAGUUUCCCAUAACAUCUUUUAAUAUAUUUCUAGUUAAAUAAAAGCAGCCAUUAAGCUUGGCAAUUUUGCAAUAUUAUGUUGUUAAAAUGGUAAUUAGCAGCAGUCUGUUCAGGCAUAGAAACUCUUGAUAUCCAUUUAAUUUGACGUGAGUGAAGUUUGCAUUGGACCAAACUUUGAGAUUGAUUCUGAUUAUAAGCACUUUUCAUAGAUUAAGCUCAUUUUUAUUGCUUGGUAAUGUUCUGCAGUGUUUUUCAUUCACAUCUCUCGGUCAUACCUAAAAUCUAAAUGGAGAUCACCAGUAUCCAUAAACAUGUCCUCUCAGGGAAUGGGAAAUGGAGGGGACUGAUAUAAGUAGAUAAAAAGGACAGGGAAUGGAAUGGCUCUUCUAUACCUCAUUUACCAGCAAACAGCUUAGCGGAGCCAUUGGCAUUUCCGGGGUCAAGAGGGCAAAAUGAAUGUUCUUCAUAUCCUAUGGUGACUCAUAAAACUGAAACCAGUGGCAAAGGCGUGCACACACACACACACACAACCACACAGGCUUGCCGAGCCUUACACUGUCUGUGUGAUUUAUACCAGAACCUCUCGGGCGACAGUCAUGGGCCGUUGACUCUGUCACCACAGAACAAGAGAGAAAUAACUUUAUGGAUGUGGAUAUUGAGCAACAGACAUUAACACAGAGGGCCAGAAUAACAGGAAACCAGCCUUGACCUCUGGGGUGAGGGGGAGCCAGAGAUGGAGAAGGAGUGUGGGGGGCUCUCCAUCUUGUUUUGGGAGAAAAGCUGCAGUCCAAAACUGAGCUGACUAAAAAAAAAAAAGAAAAGGAGGUGCCAUGAUGUUGUAACACUUGUAACAUAGCUCCCCUAAUUAGAGCCAAAUGUCGUCUUACUUACUCCCACAGAAAACAAAAUUCUAAAGCAGAGUGGGAUCUCUUUGUGUGGAUUAAAGUAACAUGUAAUCAGCUUUUCUUUUUAUUAAUACUGUUGGCCAGAGAUGUGAUGAAUAAAUAAAUAAAUGUAUUGAAGUAAUCAAUAAGAGUCCACUUCAUUGUGGGCACAACAAAGGCAGGAGAGAGAGCGAGAGAGAGAGCUGGUUGUGUAACAUGUUCUAGCACAUUCUCUCUUUUUUUUCCAUGGCAUUCACCGUUUUCUAUCCCAUUUUAUCUUUAUCUCUGUCCAUCCUCUGCCACUGCAAGCACUGACAUUGCCUCGACCAAGGUUUUUGAUUAGUGCCGCUUCUAAAUAAAGCACAUCCUGUUGACCUUCCAAACUUUGUAAUUUCCUAUUAACCCUUUCCUCUCUUCUUCUUCUCUCUUUCUCUUUUUUUUUUUGGUCUUGUUUGGCUUGUUUCUACAGCCCAUCUCCCCUCUGAGCGAUUGAAGCCUGCUGGGUAAACAGACCAAAUAUAUCAUAAAAGUCAUUGGACCGGUACGUCAUGCAGCAUUUGCUUACUAAAUUAGUUGUGUCUGCUGUGAUAUCACUCUUGCUGGCUUAUAUGCUUCAGCACCAGCUGUUUUAGGACUGAUUGAGGUGUGCACAGCCGAUGCUUGGGCAUAUAUUGCUGAAAUUCAUCUUACAGUUGAAAUGCUUGUCCAAUACCUAGGUGCAGGACUGAAGAGUUCUGAUUGAUUUUAUAAGAGGGUGAAAUACUUGAUCUCUCAUCAAGGUGUAAUUUAAAACAGGGACUUGGACUCUUUGCUGGAAUUUUUGAAACUUGUACAUUUAUAUCAAGUUCAAGAUUGUAUGGCUGCUUCUGUACAGCUUGCCUGGAAGACGGUGUGGCGUGGUUUGGCAGUAUUUUGAUUUAGGCAUGGACAUGAAAUUGUAUGCAGGCUGUGUCUGUUUGAAUUGUCCUAUAAUCUAUCAGCCAGAGCAAUGAGAACAACCAGCACUGGCAUGUGGACAUAGCAAAGAUGACCAAAAUGUCAGCUCUACCUAUGUCAGCCACAUGUUCAGCAGUGUCAAAAAAACUCUGCUUACUGUGAUUUCUGUGUGAGUAGUUUGAUUAUCAGAACUUAAAUUUCAGUUUAAACGACCCACAAAUUAAAACUGUGAAUAUUUAUGCACUGAUUUUUUUUAUUUUAUUUCAAGUUUCACUGAAAUAAUUUGCUGAUUUCUGAUCAUAUUUAUUAUUAAAUACACGUCAUGACAGUUAUCUUCUUUUUGCUGUGACUCAGCAUAAUUAAAGGAGUUUUGAAGAUUGUGUGUUUGUAGUUAAAAUUGCAGUGCAACUGAUGCCAAAAUGUGGUUAACUAAAGUUGGUUAGCUCAUUUAACUAAUGUUUUUUUAAUCACCAAAACUGUAAAUUCUAGGGGUGGGAGACAGAAUCGAUACAGCAUUGUAUCUGGAUAUUUUAUCUGGUGAUAUAUCAUUUCUUUUACCAAGUAUCGCUUUUUCAAAUUAAUUGUUAAUAUGAAGUCGGAUCUAUGAUAAUAGAAAAAUAAAAUCAACUGUUUGUCCAGUGAGGUUGGCAGAGGUGACAUCAUAGAGCGGGAGACAGUUAGUACAACAAAUAUAUAUGAGGUUUGCAAGAUGUGCUACGUGAAAAUAAAACAUUGUGUAAAUAAGAAAAAAAUAAAGGAAAGACAAAUGCUAAAUUAGCUAAACAGUUGAAAAAAUUGUAUAAAUGGCAACAUAUGCUAUCGCAAUACUCACUGUAUUGCAAAAUGUUAAAAAUCGCAAUAAUAUCGUAUCAUGGCCCAAGUAUUGUGAUAAUAUCGUAUCAUGUCCCAAGUAUCAUGAUAAUAUCAUAUCGUGGCCCAAGUAUUGUAAUAAUAUCAUAUUGUGGCCCAAGUAUCGUGAUAAUUUCAUAUCCUUGCAGCCAAUGGUGAUUCCUGCCCCUAGUAAAUUCAUGAGGUUUGUCCACAUUUUCAAGCAACUGUGGAUCAAAGUAGAACAAUGCUUUGCUAUUAUUGCUUUUAUUUUAUAUCAGGUACUUAGGAGAGGAAAAAAAGUGUAGUUAGUUUUGCCCACUGCUUGGUUCUUUUAAAAAGUUACAUGUAUUGUCAGCUGGAGUUUAAUCAGCAGAACUCUAUUCCCCUGAUGUGAUUCAUUUGCAGGUUACAGACAGAGUGUAGGAGUUAAAUUGCCUUUUUUGAAAAGACAAUAUGCCUUAAUAUUUAAAGGCUGUUUUCUGUGGUUACACAGUGAGAAAUCUGUCCAAAUGAGCCACAAAACUUGGCUCACUAACGCAGACUCGAACCAUCCAGUUUGAAUUCACUCUUUCAUGUGCACCAACUUUAGAGUAGGGAACUCAGUGGUGAAUAAUGUGAAGUCUUUGUGAUGGCUUAAAUCCAAAUCCAAGACCCUGACCUCCAUGGUUAUUUGUACCAAAACUACAAUACCACACGUGUCACACAAUGCUUGAGUUGGACCCUUUCAUCUAUAAUGAGUAAAAGGUGGGAGACAGGCCAGGGGAGAUAUUCUUGAUUAAGUUGGAAAAGACAGCUGACCUCCUUAAACUGUACUCCCCUCUUUUCUUCUUAAGGAAAGAGGAAGUUUUCUGGAGAAUUUUUUAGUCCCUGCCAACUUCAAACGGGUUAUAGUGAGCCAGUGCACACGCACAUUCACGCUAAUCUCACUCAAGUACACACACACACACAUCGCCCAGGUCAAACACCGAGCAUUUAUACCCAACCUCAUCCAUGACCGCACAGCCUUGGCUUGAUUAAUUCUGCCUCCAGAGACACGGAUCCCCAGGUUAAACAGCAGGCUCAUAGCAGGGAGCAGAGCGAGCAGGCGUGAUGGAUGACUGCAGCCCCGUGUCCUGACACGUCUGAUAAACGUGAACCCACAGAUUCGUUUUUAAACAAUGUAGUCCUACCCACACAUUUAACACCCAUACUCUGAGACCAGGGGGAAGCUUUCAGAAUGACUAAUGCCAAAUUUAACUCCUCUUAGACAAGGUAUCCAUAACAUAGCUGGGCUCAUCUGUCUCUUAAAUAAUAGCUCUUUGGCCUUCACACAUAUAGGUCUUCAUUUAUGUGCAAAUUAUCAGGAUGUUUGAGGAUAGAGUUAUAAUCCCCCAAUACCUGGCAUUUGACACAGAAGAUGAGCUUAUGUGGGAAUUUUCACAUUCAUGUCUGAGGAAAGAGAUUAUUUGUGCUGACACCGCCUCACCAUUUCCUUCUUGAUUUUCCUUCCAGCUUCAAGUCAGACAUGCGUUCCAAUGGAGGUUAAUGACAACCCGUGGGUGCGUGUGAGCGAGAUGCUAAUUGGCUGCUGGACCAGCUUCAUCACAGAGGACAAGGCAGAGGUCCACAUCCUUAAUCUGAACUUUGCUGCCGGCCAGGUAAGCAUGUCAAGGUUGAACUAAUGAGAUGUUGAGCAACUAGGGCUAAUUAUGUAAAUGUGCACCGUCUGUGUGACUGGGAGUAAGAAGUAAGAUGCUCUUAAAAGGGGCCACAUUAAAGUAAAAAAAAAAAAACUCCAUCUGAAUGCUUAAAAUGUAAGGUGGCUCAUGACAUACACAAGACACAAAUCAGCAUGGGUGGACCAGACCGAGACCCGCUGCUUAUAUACUGAGGCUAAUAGCAAACACACAGCAGCUUGGCAGGCAGGUGAGAAGAGAGGUCAAAACCCCAGCCACACUUGUGAUGUACAGACCAACUUUUAUAAGACCAGCUUGCUUGCGGUUUUGACCUCCUCUGACUUUUCCCCUUCUCCGUGUUACUUUCGAAGUGGUUGAGCUCCUUCCAAAAAAAAAAAAAAAAAACCUCACUGUGCUCUGCCAGGUGAACAGGUCAUAUAAUCUGUGAGACUUAGCACAGAUUGCUUGCGGGCAGGAGAAAAACUGCAGAUGUAGUUAAAAAAAAAAAAGUUAGAGCGCAUUUCACUGAAAUAAACAAGAUAAACUUUGGUAGGGAGAGCGCUAACAAUGUUUUAGCUCCGUACAUUUAAAGGAUAAAUCUUAGAUGUAAAACGUUUUUCAGGCAGUGCAGGUUUACAGCGUAGUUGAAAAAUGUCUUUAAUCUCUACUCCUUAUUUCUGAAUUUGUUUCAAAUGUCUAUAGGUAUUUUUUUUUCUACUACUUAUCAGUUUUGAUUUAACCAAGGCAUGAGGCUGCACCUAAUUAAGCAUAAAAAGGGGCGUGGCUAAUUUGUUGUAUCUGUUUAUUAGGCGGCAAGGCUAUGGCCCCUUCUCUACCUCUCUAUUGGUUUAAAGAUGAAUUCAAAGUUCCUUCUUUUUACUGCUUCUCAAAACCUCACUAAAAUUGCAGGUGAGCGGUGCAUUAGGUCAUUUUGACGGUUAAAACUUUUAACUUUAAGGAAUGACACCAGAAAACUUUUAAUCUAUAUGUUGUUAUUGCAGAAGAGGGCUCCAUUUUUCACUGUCUUACUUUGUUCGGUCAGCUCACAUUAGUCAUUUCUUUAUCGGCUCGCUCUGUUUGUUUGCCUCCGCUGUUUGUUCUCACUUAGAGUUCUAUCUGGAGCUCUUUCACCGGGCUGGUGUUAAGCAACUGUUGUUUACCUAUUGUCUCUUUUUAUUCUCCACUCUGCUGGGCAGUCUUUCUUGUUUAGCGAUGAUUAUGAGGAGGGAAGCAGCUGUGCCGUGUGCCAUCACAGGAAGGUGCAACACAAUACCCACCUUAAACCAUCUCCUCUUUAUAUCCUUCAGGCUCCUUUAAAAAGCUGAAAGAUAUAAGUAGGGGCAGAGCACUGUCAUAUUUUUUUCUCUUUGUAAAGAAAUCUUUUCAAAUGAGUUAAGCGGAGAUGCUACUCUUUCAGGAUGAAUUCUUUUAAAUUGGAUGUUUAAGGAUCCUGAAGUUAAGUUAUGAUGUUACACAAAGAAACAUUAGCUCAACAAUAAUGGUUGUCAGCAUAAAUGAUCUUUCUUUUAGACCAGUGGUUCCCAAACUUUUUCUUUCCCCAAUUAAAGGACAAGUAAAAAUCUCAAGGCACACCUAUUGUGCAAAAGGAGCUACGCCGUUACAUUCAGGUUACGUUACCCAUGCUGCUCGCUAUAAGCUUGAACGUUACCCUUCACGUUAGUGGAAGAGGGUCCGACAGGAUUUGAUGCGCUCGUUGAUGACUCAAAACAAGUCAAAAAUAAAGUUGUGUGUUGUUGUGCUCACACAGUGCGAGUAGAAAUCAUUAGUGCCGCAUUGAUAAUAAUGCUACUAAUGCUAUUAAUGCUACUCGCUAUGUCGACCGCGUAUAAGCUUGAACGUUACCUUUUACGUUGAUAGAAGAGGGUCUGACAGGAUUUGAUGCGCUCCUUGAUGACUCAGAGCAAGUCGGAAAUAACGUUGUGCGAGUAGAAUCAUUAGUGGCGCAUUAAUAUUAAUGAUCAUGUGAAAUUUCAGUAGCGGCAGACGUAAUUUAUGAAUGUAGAGGAAACACUGCUGAUACAUAUGAGUAUGAGGUAGAACUAUCUGAGAUAAAAACUCUUUUUUUUUUUUUUAGAUGUGGCGGCUUUUAUUUAGCCGUGUCAGUGCGCCACGUUCAGUUACAUGUAGGGGAAACCCUGAAAUGUGCAUAAUUACCUACUGAUGCCAAAUUAAAAGUGACAAAUUUUCCCUCUUGCAUGUUUCUCAGUUUUAAGGUUGUUUAUAAUUCCCGCCUUCACAACUGCGCAAACAGAGAAAUAUGUGGUUCUCUUUGAGGAUUUUUUUCUUCUAAGAAUUAUCUUUAGGUGUAGAGUUUGCCUGUUUGUAUGAAAUGAUUGCAUACAAAGUACUGAUAUAGUAAAUAAAAAAAAAAUAUUUUUGUGUAGUUGUAUAUCACAAAAUCCCAUGGCACACUCGGGCUUGCCUCACAGCACACCAGUGCGCCGCGGCACACAGUUUGGGAAUCAAUGUUCUCGACAAAGUAUAAUAUGAGUGUGAAUCUCCUAAUAUGAGGCAUUGAGACAUCUUCGUUUUGAGAUCUUUCACAUGAACUACCCUCUACUGCAGCCACUACUUUAACCCUGCCAUCACAUGAAAGCUCCUGUGGGGAAUAUGCUAUGUAAAAAGGCUUGUAUCCUCUGCACCCAUGUAGUCCUUGACCCUGGUUCGACUCGCAGCCAUGAUGCUCUGCUCUCAAUAUUUUCUGUCUCUCUUUAGCUGUCCUAGAAUAAUGACAGUAAAAUCAACUUGAAUAGAGAAAAAAUCAUUUCUUUGUUCAGGGGGACCAAAAGUUCCUUCCUGUACCUUUAAAUUGUACUGUUUUGUAAGCAGAGAAGAUUAAAUAUUUAAGGCUAAUUUAACCAGUAAUCUACAUGUUUUUGACCAACUCAGCCAAUUCAGUUGUUUGUUCUUUUAUGUAAAAGUUUGAAAGGCCAGGGCUCGCUAAUAAAAGAGAUUUCAUAUCUCAUUGGGGAUAAUUCUAGUUAAAGGUUGGUUUUAAGAGACCUGUAGGGUUAAACUGGGUAAGCAGAUAAUUCCUUUUCCUUUUAAAACUGGGUUAUCAGCGUGAUGUUGCGGAGCUGUUUUGCCCUUUGUCUCAGCUAAUGGACUGCAGCUUUACGGCAUUUUUAAUGGACUGGAAAUCAGAAAAAGCAAACAGAUUUGAACUAAAUGAGGCCUGAAGGGUACAAACCAGACACAUAAUGUUAUGUAGGAGAUUAGGAAACGGCACAUCCCAGUUUUGAAACUUUGUACAAAGACUGGUGCAAGUUCUCAGUCUAAAUUGGUGUGGGGGUUUGAUGGAGGUUGCAAAAGGAAUUUGGCUCAGGAUCAGGGUGAUGCAGUGGAUGUUUGACAGAGUUAGCAUAUCCUGCUCUCAUUUGGGACCAUGAGUGGAUGCUUUAUCAUACCAAAGAAGAGAGUGCACAUAAAUUCUCAUCACAGAGCCCUCUUAUCUGGUCUUGACUGUCUGUUUAGAGGAGAUUUUUCUUCUGAACAUAGAGCAAGGGGAACAGCUUCAUCUCUUGCCAAACCGUCCAGUCAGAAAAGGAGGUUUUUGCUCUCCCCUCCUCCUUUCUUUGUCCUUUAAAUUUUGUUAUCACCCCCUUUCCCAUCCCCUUUUGUUUUUCAUACUGAUUUACAACCUGCCAGAGACAGUCGACUCUCACUCUUCGACCGCGCAGUAUUAGAUAGAGGAGCGUGAAGGGGGGAGCACGGAGCGGCAGAAUUCAUAGGGAGGAACUGCUCAAACAGGGCCCAUUGAUGUCACACACUGGCUCGAGUAGUCUGGGUUUUGGCACGCGGCCGAGACGAGACCAACGGAGCCAAUUCAAGUUAAGGGAGAGAGCCAAAAGAAUAACUGGAAACUACAUCAACGAAGGCCCUUCAAAAAAUGCUCUCGAGAAAAAAAAAAAAGGAAAACAAUUGUGUCUUGAAAGCACAGGAACAAAAAGUAGCAAAAGGUGAGUGAUCAGGGUCAGUCGUGAUUUGGAGUUGAAAGAAAGAAAGUCACAAAGGGAUGAAGGGAGGGAAACAAGACAGAGCGACAAUGAGGCUCAUUAGAGAGGAGUAUUUAAGGAAAGGUAUCUGUGUUGAACUCCAAAGGAAAUACCAUUCAUUCAUUCAGUGGAUGUACGUGCAGCACAAUGCAGGUGAAAACAAGACUUGUGUUUUCGUGAGGACAUUGUGUGAUAAACCAAAGCCUUUCACUUAAAACGCUGUCCCCUUUUAUGGGCCUCCAUUUAUUUUAUUCUCUAACCCUCUGGACCCCUGUAAAAGUUUACAGAGGCGAUGCAGUUUGUUGAGAUGAACAACUCAAUCAAAACAAACAGCUGUCCUUUGAAAUUAGAGGGAGACUGAAAACUAAAAACUUUUACCAUUUAUAAAAUAAAAUCUAUUUUUCAAUCAGUUUCCUGUAAUGUAGAAGUUGGAGCUUCUGAUAUGAAGUUCAAGAUUAAACAUUAACAUAAUAGACGAGACAAAAUUACAUUGAAAUUUCAACAAUCAUUAAUAACACCCAAAUAUCAAGUAAUAAACAAGUUUUAAUGAUAAAUAGAUGAUUUUACAUUCUGCGUUUGAUCCAGUCAUUCAGAGUCACAUUGGAGAUCACUUUAAUAAAAGAAUAAUGUCCCACCUUCAACUUUAAUGUAGAGGUUAAUAAUAAUACAGUCAUAUGCAGUAUCUUCAGCAACUUAUGUAACAUUCCAGUUACCUCAGACGUCGGAUGUCGGAGCUUGGAAUAACGUUACGCCCGAGUUGAUGGUGUUCCAGUUAACAAGUCGGAAAAUCAAGAUGGAUGCCUACAGUUACCUGUUGUUAGCUGUUGUUUACAAUUGUCAGCUGUCGUUAGCCGUUGUCAGUUAUUGUUAGCGGUUGCCAGCUGUUGUUAGCCGUUGUUAGUCGUUGUUAGCGUUUGUCAGUUGUUGUUAGUUGCUGUUAGCGUUUGUCAGCUGUUUUUAGCUGUUGUUAGCGAUACCAGUUGUAAACAACACGUAACACAGUAUUUCAUUCUUACAAACACCAUAGCACCAUGUUCACAGUUAGACGUUGGGCAGUACAACAUAUACCACUUAUUAAAUUUCACAAAAACAAAACAGAAGUGCUAAUAAAUACUACAUUACGAGAGCUUUUACUGUUACUUUUUACUGUUGAUGCACUGUGCCGCCAUCUUGGAUUAUGAUGUUGUCGUCAAGCCGGGUUGGUGAGGAUUGUCCAACUUUCCAAGUCAGAAAUCUGGCUUCGGGGGACGUUCCAGAUGAAUUUCCAACUCGGAGCUCAGAAAUUCUGACUUCCAACUCCGAUAAAAGCCACAACAAGAAAUGUUUGAUUGAUGCUUGUAUAUGACCCGCAAUGGCAAACCAGACCAUCAACGUUAAAAAUGAGCAUUUACUGUCUGUUUCUCUUCAGUCAGUAAUUCACUGAAUGUUAAAUCACAGGUUUCUAUGUUACCUCUGAGACACAACAUAUGACCAACAUUUGGAUUUUCAUCCAAUAAUUACAGAAAUACUUCAUGUACUGAUGAGUAAUUUUGGUGACAGUCUCUACUCAGUCAGUUGACCAAACAAGCGGAUUCCUUGUCUGGAGGGUUAAUCGAUUUUGCUGUGAAGAUUGAUGAGUUUUUACACCCAAAUGUCAAACCAACUAAAAGCAGCUGAAGAAUUCAUAGUGCUGGUCCAAUCUGUUACAAACACUGCCAUGUUUUUAUCUAGGGCUGUGCUCCCCCCUUUGGCUAAUUCAAACAAGACUUAACACAUUUAUGAGCUGCAGAUGACAUUAUGCGAGACCUGGUCUGUAAAGAUACUGGUAAUGUGAUGUGUGUGUAUGUGUGUGAUCCGUCUGUGAGCCGCUCUCACCGGUGCAUCUGGGUUGGCUCAUAGGCAAUUUGUUGAUGGUCUCCUUAGACCUAAUUUGGUCUGAAUAUUUGUGUAGCUCAGGUCUGAGCUCAUCAGGAUUCUCUUGGAUCAAACUCUGGCAGCAUCAGGUAGCGAGUAAAUGAAUUUAAUAUUAGGGAUUCACACUGUCUCCCGCAGCAUGCUCAUUGUCUUCCCAGCAGGCUUCAGCUCUGAAAACAAUCCACUUUCAAAUGAACAUAAUUUAGCGGAAUAAAGAAUUUGCUGUCAAAAAGAAUCACGGUUGAAAGAAAGCAGGAAUGUGUAUUUAUGAGCGUUCAAUUCCCACAAAAGCUUCACACCAGUGAGACAUUUCUUAUGCGUUCAGUCUUAAAACUGAAGCAAUUUCAAACCCUUUCACUUCCCUAAACUUAAUUAUUUUGACACUGUCUCAGAAAUAAACAUUAUUAGAACUCAGGUUCACUGAAAUUCAGUCAGUCUCGAAAAAAAAACCUUCUCUAAACCCGAACUUGUUAUUCUGCAUUGAAAGUCGGCUGUAGCAGCUUUUGCCUGCGAACAUGUGAAGCAUGCUAAUUAUGUCUGAUUCAUGGAACGACUGCGCCGGUGAUUAGCGAAUCACGUCACUAUUGUGUUACCCUCAGCUUGAAAUAUGGUUAAUGAGGUAUUACAUUAUGUGUUAAAUUAUGCUAAUAAGGUUGUAAAUACAGCACACCAGCAGGAUCAGCCACACUAUGAAGAAAAACAGCAUAAAUUAGGAAAUGCAGCCAAUUGCUCAUUAAAUAAAUAUAUAAUUUUGACUUUUUGUCCUUUUGUUUGGAUGUAAGAAUAGACGCGAGCUGUGUAACAUCAUUACUGUUGGUGUCAAUUUGGAGGCAGACGGCAAACAUGAUCCUGCCUCAGACCUGCCGCUGUCUCUGGCACGAUGUCCACACUUCAUUUAAACAAGUGAUUAUCUUUCCAGAUGGAUUUCUGGGUAAAAAUGGAAUCAGCUCUAUUUGUUACAGAUUUUUAUAUACUUCUAUCAAAUUAAUAUGAUCAACAAAUUACUAAAAAAAAAACACCUGAAUACAGUCUGAAAAUGUCCCCUUGUAGUUUAUCAUUUUCCGAAAACAUCUAAUGCAUCAAAUGAGAUAUAGGGAACUUUUUUUUUUUGGUUUUGAAUAGUAAGUGAAAUAAAUAUUUCAGCUCCAAAAAAAUUGAAUUUUCUGGCCAUAAUUUUUGGUUUGAGGCAUUAAAGGGCUACGCGUAAAGAAGCAGGACUACCCCUUUGAACUUUGAACCAAUUAGUUUUACAGUAUUAUACUGUAAAAAUAAUUGCUAUACUUAUAUAUCUUCAACACCUUUACUUCUUUUGGAUAUUAUUAAAAGAUAUCAUGGGCCCCUAAAAAACAACUCAGUAAGUUCAAGGAAAAAUGAAUUAUAGUAACAUUUCUUUCACAUGAAAAUCACAGCAUUACAUUCUGUGUUGGCGUUUAUGCAUUUUAUCAAAGAUUUGAACUUUGAAGAUCAGAUUCUGUGGAACAAGAAUGUAGGAUUGUAAUUUUCACACAACUCUGUACUUGUUUGAUAUUUGGAGCCUGUAAUGUGUUUCAAGUUCACAAGACUACGAAUAAAUGAUUCCCCGCACUCUGCAUCGCAACACAAUUGCGCAACAGACACAGGAAGCGUUCUUUGAUGUUCUCGAAAUGUGUCGUCAAGUUUUCUGUCCUUUUUGAUUUCACUGCUUUGUUUGCAUAACACAGCACACACACUCAGCAUGGUGUUCUUACCGAAAACUCAUUAUUGGCAGCACAGUAGAUCCCAUAUGGAUGACUUCACAGAGUGAGUGAAUAUUUAUGCCACUUUCCUCCUAAUCAGUCCCACUGUUCCAACAGGAGAUUUACACCACCGCCAAACUUCCCCUGCCUACAACACGAAGGCUCACUCCGGAGUCUUUGCUUUUUCUACUGAAUAAUAAAGGGAUAAUAUAAAAGUGAUGAUUUCUUUUAUUAAUACCAUUCUCUCAAGAACAGCACGAGACAGAUAAUAAUGCUAUUGCCACAGCAUCAAGAGGCAUGAAUCAACAUUUUAGGAGUUGGAACCAAUCAGAAUCAAGUAUUGAUAUGUUUACACAGUAUAUAGUUUGACAUAUUUACACUUCUAACACAUGUGUGAGCUGUAACUGUGUCUGUUUUCCCUCUGGUUCAGGUCACAUUCACAGUUUCCUCUUCUUCUUCUUUUAGGAUGUGAACAUGUUCUCUUUGGAGAUGUUAAACGCCAGGCCAAUGAACCUGAUCCUCACAUCGCCAGACACAGUCUACAUUGCGUACAACAUCAACCCCAGUGUCAACAUUUAUGUGAGUAUUGUCUCUUUGUCAUUCAAAGUUAACGCUUUUUCUUGGGUCCAUUCUAGAAAGGAGACUCAACAGGAGUCUAACCCUGAGCUCUGAGCUGAUUUAUGGAACAUUUUUGAGUUUUUGGUUUCCGAAGAGCUGAUUUGGAAUAUUUCUGUCAAGUCAGAGUGAAGCACAUGAAUGAUAACUCUAAAGUCAGUCCAUUUUUUUUUUUUUUGUUUUGUUUUCUUAACUUACUUUAACAGGGCUUGUGACGCAGAUUAGACAUAAUUUUGAACAUAGGCAGGAAUUACUGAUGACCUCUAAAUAAGUUGACCAUGUUUAGUAGUCGUCAGUAAUAUUCCACUCUCUCCUUCUGUUGUUUCUGCUCUUUCAUGCAAGGACAGUGAGCUCUUCCAACAGAGCCAUACCAUGAAAUAUACUGCAACAACUCAGUUACAAUAAUAACCGACUCAAAGUUGAAGUAACUUCUCUUUCUGGGAUAAACUUGAGUGACUCUUCUUUCUAUGACAGAGAAUUAGGGCCACGUUAAGAAAGAAAAAAUUUAAGACUUUUAAAUUUAAGUCAUUCAUUUACAAGAAUAAAGUCAUUACUAACGCAAAUAAAGUUCUGACUUUAUUCUCAUAAAUAAUUACUUUUUUACGACUUUAUUCUCCUAAAUAAUGAUGUUAUUACGACUCUAUUCUUGUAAGUUAUAAUUUUAAUAUAACUUUACUCUCGUAAUUCCUUUAUCACGACUUUAUUGUUGUAAGUUGUGAUUUUAUUACGACUUUGUUCUCACAGGUAAUUACUUUGUUACGACUUUUAAAUCUCGAAAUUUCGACUUAAAUCUCGAAAUUUUGUUUUUUCAUUUCAACUUUUAAAAUUUCAACUUUGAUCUUGACAUUUCGACUUUAAUCUCGAAAUUUAGAGUUUUUUCAUUUCAACUUUUAAAAUUUCAACUUUGAUCUUGAAAUUUCGACUUUAAUCUUGAAAUGGAAAUGAAAAAAAUCUCCCUCCUGUCAUAUUUUUUUUCUCUUCUUGUGGCCCUAAUCCUCUUUCAUAUCCUUCUCAGGUUUCAGUUCCUUCAACCCAUUUGGGGUCAAUAGACUCAUGGAUUGCUAAAUCUACUUUCUGAAACCAGUCCAAGGGUAAAUUCAUGCGUCACAUAGUUUGAUUAUUUCCUGUUUACUGCAUUAUUUCUUUUAGUUCUAUCCAGUUAUGACACACCUACAGCAGUGUGUGUGUGGGACAGUGUUUUUCCAGUAUUGCAUAAUUUCCAGAUUUCUCCACAUGUGCUUAACUCCUGUCUCAUGCCAGCUGUUUUACCAUCCAGUCAGACCGCCCCAGCUGUGCAGCUCUCUGUGCCUGUUGGGAGAGACAGUGAACAAUAUUGGUUUUUCCAUAGAUACUCCCAAGUGGUCACUCUGAAUGAGGCAGUGUGGGUUGUUGUGUUUUUAUUAUCCGCACCAUAAAACCGGAGGGAGAAGUAAGAGCGGCCGAAAUGAGGGGGGGCUGAUGGCAUCAGCUAUAGAAUUAAUGUUCCAGUGAAAUUGGAGAAUCUGACUUUUACACACUGUGCUAAAAUUAUAUCUUUGAGUUAAACCCAGAAAGGCCACAAAACAACUUUUAUUAAGCUGCUUGAGUGUCUAAUUAAAUAGAGGAAUGGCACUCUCAUGAGGACUAAGUGUUUCAGUUUGCACAGGUUGUUCGCUGUACUGUGUCCAAAUGUUUUGGUAUUAAAAUGUCAAAUAAUGAUAAACCUAACAAGGUGGAUGAAACAAAAAUAUUUUCAUUGGGGCAAACUGCUGAGUCCUUAAAUUUACCCUCAUGGAAGAAUACGUUUUAAACUUUUAUACUCAGUACAAACAGCCUUAGAGGAAGCCUUUAUAGACAAUACAAACAGCCUCUUGGGUAGCCUUAAACAGGGAGGAAAAAGGUGCCCAAAUGAAUACGAUUCUCUCAAAGUGAACCACUCGUUUUGAUGUAUUACAGAUUAAACACUUGAUUUUGUCUAGUGGUCAUCAUACAGGAAAGGUUUUAUAAACACAACAUGCUUUUUCAGCCACUGUUGCUCUCCUGUUGCACAGCUGUGCCAACCCCACAUGGUACUUUCUGGUUCCUCUGCCUGUUUCCUUGAUCAAAGUUACUCUUCGUACCCUGAUAAAAAUGUUUUAUUACCUUAGCAGCUGUCAUAAGAGUCUGCACACGUCAGUACAGCUGACAGCUGAAAUACGAUUUCAAACUUCCUCCCUCAGGAAGAAGAAUUACACACAAAAAAAGCAUUUUAUCAGCUUUAGUUUGUUUCUCCUUAAAACCUUCCAAAAGCAUGAUGUUGAUAUUGGUCGUCGGUCAUUUUUUAAAAUCACUGGAGAGUUUGUUUGCUUGAAAUCACUUGGGAUUUAACGGCACCGUUUUCCUCAGUUUUGGGGGAUCAGUGAUUGGCUGAUCUUUACAUAUGAAACCGAUUUUAUCCACCGAUCUUGUCUACCUCAGCAAAGGUCUGAAAGUCAGCCGUUGUAGCUUUUUGCUUGCCAAAAUGACAGGCCCACCCACCGGGUCACAUGUGCACACGUCAGCGUCAGUGCCAGCGGUACACACAACAGUCAUCUGGAGCCUGAUCAACCAAGCAUGUUGAACCCACUACAAGGAAACCUAAAACUCAGGACAGUUUAUUGGUGUUUUUUUGUGUUGUUAGUUUGUCAUGUUUAAAAAACAAAAUUGAUAUCGGCCAAAAUCGGUAUUGGCAGGUCAAGCUUUUUAAAGAUCGGUGAUUGGUGAUAGGCCAAAAAAUUGUGAUUGGUGCACCCCUACUUUAAAUAUUAGAAGCACUUAUUUCACAUUGCACCAAUCACAGAGUUCACAGAGGUUUUCAGCUUUUUAGAGUCUGACUGAACUACAGCGCAGUAUUGUCAUCAAUGUUAGACUUUUCUUGCUGCACCUAAAUGCAUCACUUGGAAGUUGCACAAAAAUGUCUUGUUGAUAGAUGUGUCAUAUUUAAAGUUUAUAACCAUUAAAGAAAUGACUAUAGAAAAAGAUGUCUUAAUGCUAAGAUGUGCGGAAAAGUGGUCAGCUGCUUUAUAAAACAUGCAGACAUGAAUAAUAAAAAGAAAAACCUGUCAGUCAAGACAGAAAACAACUUUAACUGGAAUGUCACCGGUUAGUGAUAUGCUGACAGCAGUGUGAUACCACAUCCUGUAUCAUGUCCUGUCCAGAGCCUGGACAACAUUGCUCGUGACUGCAGGAUGUUUUCGUGGGGAUGAGCAGUAUCACUGGGGGAUAAUAGUGUUUGACUGUUGAUUGCCGUUUAGGAGAAACAGCAUCUGUACUAUGUCAGGGAGAGUACGUCAGAAGCUUGAUAGCUUGGCUUAGUGUCACGAUCACAACAUGUUUAGUCCUCCCUUGAGCUGACAUGAGAACACAGGGUUAAAAGAACAAACAUUAUGAAUCACAAGGGCAGUAAUAAAAAAAAUCCAUCAGGUCAUUUAUAUAAGAAAAACUGCAUAGUAGGCAAUUUUCACUGUUAAAGAGGAUUUGCAGUAUUUUUUUUAACCCGGGUCCUAUUAAAUGUUUUUAUGUGUGAAGAAGACUUCCCAAAAGACCACUUCAGACAGCAGCCGUGACACGACUGUAAUGGUUAUGACAUUGUGACAGCAAAUGCACCCACUGGAAGUCAUGUUUGUUUUUGCCUCUGAAGCAUAUUGUAACAGUGGGUUAAAGGGAUAUUCCAGCCUAAAAUUAAUUUAGAGUCAAACACACUGUAACACGGAGUUAGACACCCUUUUGAGAGAUGAAUGUUGCCGACAUUUUGCUUCUCUAGUUAUACCAACUUUAGUAACAACCGCAGGUUAGCAGUAUAGCGGUCUGAGGAGCCAUAAACAAAUCUCAACCAAAACGCCACUCUAUAACCACAAAUAAUAUUAAUCCAUAUUAAUCAUUUUGCACUGCAGAUGAGGUAGUUCUUCUGCCUUAGCGUCUCGGUCUGAUUGCAUUUCCAUGAAGAAAUGAUCAUAAAUCAUAAACCACAGCAGUCCGUAAUGGACUGGCCUGAGGUCUCACUACAAACAAGCGGCUGCUGGAAGAGAGUAGGUGAGUUGUGUUUAGUCUCUUAGUACUAAAUAAAUUUGGCAAAGUUAAAAAGAUGUUUGGUGGCUAGUGCUGUGGCUAGGACCCUACAUGUACUGUUGAUGAAGUUAGGUGCUGUUCUGAGCAUUAUUUGUGACUAUAGAGCAGCGUUUUGGUUGAGGUUUGUUUACGGCUUCUCACACUGCUGUGUACGCUGGAAUAUCCCUUUAAGAAAGUGUACCAAGUUUCUAUUACCAUUAUUAUUAUUACAGAGGUGAAACUUAAGUCAGACGGUGUUCUGCCAAUUAAAAGUCAGCAUGGAUAACCCAUAGUGGACCCCUCCUCCCUGCUGCUUUAGACAAGAACAUCCAUCCAGAUCAGCAGAAAGAGGAGAUUUUCCUUCGUGGCAUUAGAAUGACAGUGACCUCACCAUCUACAGCUUAUUUUCCAGCUGCUAGCUGAUGCUAUCCACUGGAGCAGUUCCCAAACAUAUGUAUAUAUAUACAGAAUAUACAUAUGUAAUUGUAUCUCUCAGUUCAGUUGGGAGAAUCGAAGGUGUUGAUUUGGUGAAGAAAUGAAGCCAAGCAUCUCAGUCUCAUGCAUCCACCCCAGAGCAGGCACAUGGGAAAGAAGUCUAAUGAGGACUUUUUUAUUAUCCAUACUGAGAUACGCCUCUCUUUCAAAACAUCUUUGAGUUCCUUGAACUUUCCAGUGAGCCUGCAGAAUAUCAAACUGAUUUCUCCGAGUUUAAUCUGUUAAAUUCCACUCUAAUCAUUAAACCCAUUGCCAUUGUUAUUUCCCUCUUUUUCUUUUUCUUCCCGUUUGUCUUUCCAGGCUUCCCCUCCCUGUCUGUCUGGUUCGUCAUGACCGGUUUCCCUCUUUUUUUUUUAUUUUUAAAGUUCCCUUUUACUCUAUUUUUUGAUCUUGCGUCAAUCAAAUAUUCAUGCAGAGAGGCCUGCAGCCCCCUCGGGCUUUCCUUGGUUUCCACCUUUUUUUUUUUUUUAUCAUGUGCCACUUUGUGACGCAAAGACACACUCUCAAAUAGUCACACAAAGCAGACGGUGUCAGAGAGGGAUUUCUAUUAUUUAAAGAAGCGUGCUUGUGUGCUUUUUUAAAAUCCAUCUGUUUGGAAGUUCCUGUAAUGCAGUGGUUCUCAAGUCCAGUCCUCGAGGCCCACUGUCCUGCUCCAACACACCUGAUUCAAAUGAUCAGCUCGUUAUCAAGCUCUGUAAUUGCUUAAUAACGAGCUGAUCAUUUGAAUCAGGUGUGUUGGAGCAGGGAAACAUCCAAAACAUGGAGGACGGGAGGGGCUCGUGGACUGGACUUGAGAACCAGUGCUGUAAUGUGUUAACAAACGAUGAAAAAAACAUUGAUAAGACUGAAAAGGCUGCUGUUUCACUCUCCUGUGUAUUUCAAAGAAAAAAGAUUGGUGUAAGAAAAACUAAAAUGUUGAAUAAAUGUGGUGUUUUUUUUGCGGCAAAACAUGUCUAGUGAUGAUGUUAUUGUGCAAGUUUUAAUUCUAUUUGUGUGUCACUGAACACAAGAGCAGCACUUUCUUUGCACUGAUGACAUGAACCACUUAAAGCAGAAGGACAAAUCCAUGUUGGUUAUACUUAGUGAAAGGUCGAGUCUGAAAUGAGGCCAAAUUUUUCUUUUUCUCUGUCUUGUUAUGUACCAAACGCUUUUUUUUUUUUUCUUUUUUUUUUUUUUUACAUACGUCUUAUCAUCAAGAGGCUCCAUUUUCCCCCCAGCAUAUUUUCUACCCUCUUUAUCAUGCUUAGCUUAAUGUAAACUCCAUUAUUUCCCAUCGGCCCAGACGAGGAAACAGCAGUGUCUAGUCGAUGGGAAUGGAUGUAUAUAUUUAUACCUUGUAUGGAGCCAGAUUCCAGCCGACUGCGGUGACGCACAAAGCUAAAAAAGUCCCAUUUCCUGGCCCCACUCAGGAAGCAAAGGAAAGACCAUGGCUCCAACAGGGUUGUGCAACUGUGCUCGUGGACACUUAACCAUAAUAAACAUUUCUUUUUAACAGGAGCCUGCUUAGAGAAUAGAGGGAGAGUUGGGUGGAGGGUAAGAAAGAGUAAUAGAGGAGAAUGAAAGGGAUAGGCUGAAAUAUGUGAUAUGACAAAAUGUGAGCAGACUGGAGGUAAAUAAAAAUAAAUAUACAGCUGACUCACUGGGUUCUGUGUUUUUGUAGCAGUGUGUAAGAGGCCGACUCACGCCUUCUCAGAAAAUAGGGAGGGGGUCUCCGACUGUGUUUUCUUUCUGGAAAUGGCGUGUCAUGAAAUUAAUUGACAUGACUCUGGCCCUCCUUUACAGAUACACAAUGAUUCCAAGCUUAACCUUUUCGCAAGUACGCCUGUGGGUACCAUCCACAAAGAAGACUUCCCCACUCAGAAUAUGGAGGAGCUGGUCACAUGGGCAAGACAGAAGUUUGGCGGUGUGACGUCAUUCACCACAGUCCACAAUCUAAAAACAAUCACAGCCACAGGAGCAAAAGGUGAGGAUUAUAUCUGUAUGUAUAUUAUGGUUCACGUUAUAAAACUGUUCUCCUGUCAGAUACCUCCUCAGGAAUCCAAUACAAAAUCUGAAAUAUGUCAGCACAUGAAAUAAGAUGAUUUAUAUGACACAGUAUUGAGGGAACUUUUUAGGUCAGCCCAGGUACUGUAGAAGACAAAAAAGUGCUUUACUGUAUAAUUCACCAACAUCCAAGUUUCUUCUAAACAAUAUUUUUGUGCUAAAGAGAGAAAAAUAUUUACAGCCAGCUCAGUAUCAAGCUCCUGCUUACAUAACUCAGCAGCCAGUCUGCAGGAUUGUAAUCAAGGAAUGAUUCAACAUUGUUUCCAGCGGUAUCUCUGCCUACGAAGCUUAUCUUAUCCGAGGUUCCUGAAAGUGAAAUCAUUGAGAAAAUGCCGCUCUGCAAAAAAGCAAUGCUUGUGUUCUCAAACAGUGCUCAAUUUUCUAUAUUCAUUAUAAAUAUUAUAUCUUCUUGAUAAACAAUACAUUUAUUUCCAGAGUCCAAAACAAGUGCUGUGCACUUAGUCUUACUAGAAUAAUAGUGCAUCGUGCAACCUCCUUAAUAAAGGGUACUUGUAUACAGAAAGUAAUCUUAAUACAGUAAAAGAAAAUAAAAGAACUAAUAUGUUGCUCCAAACAUUUUCCUUUGCAGAGUUUAGUUCUUAUAAUUCAGAGCACAUUAUUGUAGAAUGUAUGUACCUCCCUUUAUAGCUUCAUUUAAUACAAAAACAGACCCCAUGCAGUUUUAACUAUUAGCUCUCUAUGCAAGUCAUGCACUGACUGCCAUAUGGCUAUUUCUCCAUCAGAGAGCACCAUAAAUCACAGGGAGAAUAUCCAGUCUGCUGGAACCUAUCUCUGUGUUACAAACCUAUGAACAUUAAACAGUGAAUAAAUGGAAUAAAUCUUAUUUAUCCUGCCCAAGUGGAUGUAACUCCUCAAAAAAACCUUGAACAGAAAUGUUGGUCUGGUUCUUUAUGGAUGUAACACAUGGUGUUACUACAUCUACAUAUGUGGCUGCCAUGCUAGCUGCAGAGAAGCAUAAUAAAAUAUCUGAAAAAGGGACUGUAAUUUAACCCAAUGUACCUCAGAAAAUUGGAAUUAUUUCCCCCUUAUCAUAUAUUAAGCACCAAAAUUGAGGCUGCUUUAGUGUGCAGUGAGACUGAAAAUGUGUAUUCUUUAAAAAGCUGAUUCUGAGGCUUAGUAAACCCUCUGUUCUGCCUCAUGUUUGAAUCACUAAUACCUGUACAUUGACAAGCUUGCCAUAUGGGUGCAUCUCAUGUCUGCUGUGCAAAUCCUCUGCCUGUGUAAAGUGGUGUGUGCUGAGCUUCACGUUCUGAGUGCUGACAGGACAAAUUUGCAUACAACAAAGCAUUUAGGAAGAGGGAUGCUGGGGACAAACGUCCACCAACACUGAAGACAGAGGCCCAGAAACUCUUUGAUUUAAAAUGAGCAUUUACCGCUGACCAAAGGCCGGGCAUCAAGAAUAUUAUUUUUUGCAAUUGCCAGCAGCGGUAGCAGCAGGGAUGCUCUAUGCAAGCACAAUUAUUUCCAAACAAAGCCUGCUCAAGGCAGGGUGAGUCGAGCUCUGACACGAAUGGAGAAAAAGAGAGGUGAACUUUGGUGACGCUUUAAGAGCGCAACUUUAACGUUUUCUUGUGGAUUCAUUAAGUUUUAAUCUCUUAAAUUUCUCCGUUGUUGCUCUUUUGAGCCCGUCUCGUGCUGGAUGUUACAUUAGGUGACGGGUUAACAUCUCUCUCAUUUAAACAUGUUGUUUAAAUUCUGCUAAAAUGCUGCAUUUUCACCCACUCUUAGUUUUUACUGUAGCUGGUGGUUUUACUGACUCAUAGUCCACAAGGACAUUAAAAUUACCCAAGCAGCAGAGCAGUUUACAUCGCUGUUAUGCUGUUUCCCUCAGCUCAUGAUGGGGUGUGAGGUGAACCUGCGUAGGCCUCAUCGUAGGCGUUUCGAAAAAUCUGUGCAAUGACUGCACAGCAGCGUAUUGCCAAGUUGAAGAUUUGCUGACAAAUAUGCACUUGGCCUUUGGGCCUGUUGGGCAUCAAAAUGUGAAAUAAAACUCAGGUCAUAAUAUUGCCAGCGCAGAAGAGGCGUGUUAAGCAGUGUUAAGGAGGCUGCUUUUAAAUCUAAGAUGCCCAGCUUCAGUGACUAAAAGGAGCUUGAAGUUCAUUCGAAAUGACCAUAGCAAAUAACACUGAAUGUUUAGUUUGAAGCUUUUAUUUUUACCUCAGUCUACAGAGGUAAGAGGCUGUCACCUUAAAUUCUAUUUCCAAUUCACUGUAUUUUCACAGCAGCCAAUUUUCCUUGGACUUCAUGCUCGAGGUUGAGCUUCACUGCUGCUCAGUGUCAGGCUGCUCAAGGCUGCUACUCUGCAAAUGCACAUAAUCUGACAAUGAGUGAGAUUUUCAUUCCCUUUUUUAUAAACAAGAAGGUUAAAAGGAAAUAAUUCAGCUGUGAAAUAUUUAUAAGUACUACAUUUUUGCUUUCUAAGUAAGUAUUUGGUUGAAUUCUAACAUGAGAUGUUGCUUUCAAGCUUCAGACUCUGAGCCCGAGUUUAAGGAAAAUGGCAGCCGUGUAAAUACGACGAAUUAGCCACUGACGAGACAAGAAAAUCCUGCAAUGUGGGAUAAUACUGUUUGAGAUGUAAUGUCAAAGAGGCUGUAAACGUGAAUUCUUGUUGAAACAUGCAUGGUUAAUUUAGUUUCCAUUCAGUGCUAUAGUCUGUAUUUUUUAACCAUGAAAAUAGAAGCAAAAUAAACAGAACCUACAUGUAACUUAUAUGAUGAGGCGAAGUCUCUCAGACCCUUACAGUUCAGCAUGACAGCUCUUUGUGUUGGUUUGAACCAAAUCUCAUAUUUAUAGAAAAUUAAAUGACUCCUGAUGAAGUGUUUUUUAAUACCAGUCAUGGCAUCACCCCCUUUUUCCAGCAUCAUAGCAUGAUCCUUUCAACUAAGGAUUUAGGUGAUUUUACCAGAGAUGGCCAGCAUUAUCAAGAGAUGAUUAAGGCCAAAACUCAAAUUAAAAAAAGAAAAAAAAAGACUUAGGCCAUUAUUUUAAUAGGGUGAUGAACUCAGCUUCUCUGGAAAAUAAAUACUUGCAUUCAAAUCAGAAUUAUCAACACAGAAAACAUGUUUGUUUUGAUUAUUUGGUCCGUCAAAAUGAAGGAAACCAGCUUUUUUCAAACCUAUAUUGCAGCCAGCCAGUAGGGGGAGCUCCAAAUCUUCUGGCUUCACUCUUAGAGAGCUGUCAUACCUUUAUAUCUUACAAUGCAUUUGAUGUCUGCAUCAUGCUCUGUGUUAUUUUUCUCAAUGUUUUCUCGAAGAAAAACUGUCCAAAAACACUUCCAGCAUAAAUCACUUCUUUGCUGUUCUAUCUUGUGCUCACACUCAUAUAAUUCUCAAAGUUUAGCUAGCAUGUGCUUUUAUAGCCUCUGCACUUCCCUGCAAACUUGGCUGUUGGUGAGAUGAGGUUAUUUGAGGUGCUUUGGGAAAUAUAUAUCACCCCCAUGUCCCGGGUAAUGUUUUGAAGCUAAAUGUAUGUUGCAAUCUGGGCACUUCACCGGGGUUCACCUGCAAACCAUCUGUCACCAUUAUUCGGUCGAAUACUGAGCAGAGUGCGCUCUCAGGAGACUGCUCCAAUACCUCUGCCCAGGCAGUUUAGUCUCCUGUUGUAAUCUGGCUCCUCACUGCUGGAAUCCGAGUUAAACGCUGUAAACUCUGCGUGUUAGCGGCAAAUAAACACAAAUAACCUUUAUUUAUUUAUGGAGCACAGUUGUAAAUCAAAUCCUAAAAGGGCUUCAGAGGCAGCAAAACAGGACGAGACCAUGCGUGAAAUCAUCAAAUUUAAAAUCUUCAGUUUAGACACAGUAUCAGGAAAAUAACAGGAAUUGAAAAUAAAUAUAUUUAGAGCCCAUGUGAGGAGUCUGUAACUGGUUUUGAAACAGACUGAAAUUGAUAUUGAUGUCUUCUUAUUACCUAAAAAAGCCAAGGGGAUGGGCUGGUGUUUAGAUCAGCUUGUGUACAGAUGAGCUUGACUUCAUGUCCCACCUCAGCUAACACCACGCUCAAUGCAUAGUGCAAAUGGACUGAUAUGUGAUAUAUGUUUGCGAUUUCACAGGAACCAAACCUGGCUCUCCACACUGCCUUCUGAAGAAUGAGGAUGCUCAAGAGAAACACUUCCUGACAAUAGAGACCGCACCUUCGUCCUCCCCUUCUAAAUAUUGCUCCCCCCAGUCACAGACUCCUGGUGCAGAAGCCGAGCUCCACAUCAUAAAUAUCCCUGAAGACGCCAACGUUAGGUAAAACGCCACACCAACAACACUUUUUAUUAAGCUCAGAUUUUUUUUUUCUGUAUUUCCUGAUAAAAUUAUUCUUGUUCUGUGUUUUUUUUAUUUUACAGCAAUGUAUCUCUCCGUAUGAUAAGAGAGGUGAGGACCAAAGUGUUCGUGAGAGGACCUCAGGGCACCACAUGGACUGUCCUCACCCCACAAUACACACAGAUUGGUGUAAGCUAACACACACACUCUCUCUGAGUUAUAGCACAAAGAAUCACUGUUUUUAUCCACCUUAUGCAGAGUGAAUAUUGGUUUAAGAAUAUACUUAAUUUACAACUGAUCUUCCCUGUCCACAGUCCAACAACGACGUCUUCUUCCUCCUCCCCAACAUCGACCACAAAGUCAAACCUUUGUUUACCCUGGACGUUGACAGUGCAGAGGAUGUGCAGAGGAAGGCUUUGAAUUACUUCACAGCCACCACUUUCACCAGCUACACUGAACUCCGACCAGAGGACACAGUGGUUAUGCUGGUCCUUGGGAGAAAAGACAGCGGAGCAGGUAAGAAAUGAAAUGCUGGCAUUCGAUGUCUUUUCCACUUUCUACAGAGAGAGAAGGUACAGCGCUGCGGAAUAUGACUGAUUUAAUGACAACAUUUUUUAUUUAUCACCAUUAUCAAAUUUAAUGUACAAUUUUACACACCCAAUGUAUUGUGAUGCUAUUUGUAGCAUUUGUUCAAUAGAAAUUCAUAAAAGCUAAUCGACAGAAAUUUAAAAGGGGUGUGAAUUUUUUUAUUGUGAGAUUUUUAAACUUGAUUCGUUUUCUCCAUCAGUCACAGAAACAGUGCCAAGAACAGUCAUUCCCUUCACAACAAACGCCCCCCAACAGAUGCCUCUGAUGAUGCAGCUCUACACCUCCCCCGACUACCGUCAACCCCUCGAUCCCAACUCCAAGGUGCAGAGCGACAAAAGGAUUUAUGCAGAGGUAAGAGGUUGCUGACACCAAAUCACCUUCCUCCAUCUCCACUAGAAAUGUGGGGAUGGAGGAAGAGUGAGAAGAGAAACCUGGAGGUGACCCAGCCAUGUGAUAAAAAAAAGAGAGAAAUAGAAAGGGCAGGGGGGGAGGAUGGAGGAGGCCAAUGCAGAACUCUCUGAUCUGCAUUUUUGACUCUGUUGGUUUUUAGAGGUCUGGUUUUGUGAAAUCGGUUCAGAGAGCAUCUCUGCUUUUGAGUUGAUGCGAUACCUUGGAAGUCCAGCUUUAGUUUCGAGUCUCAAAUAGUGUUUUUUUUUAAGUUUUCUUCAACUUAGUGUAAGGGAGUCUGUUUAACUGAAUACAGGGAAUGCAUCUCUACAUGGACAGAGAUCUCACCAUGUACAUCCAUCCUCUGUUCAUUUAUCAAGGGAUUAAUUUGAUGCUUUUUCUGUCUCCCGUAGAUUUCAGGCAACACUAUAGGGCACAUUGUACUGACCAUCAAGGUGAUCAGGUGCUUUGUGCGCUCUAAAGGCUCAUGUCCUGUAAUAAAGGAGCUGCCCUUCAUACCCGAGACCUGCUCCCUAGACUCCUGUCCCAACAGCACCCGUCUCAGCUUCUCUUUAGAUCAGCUGCAGGAGUUAGAGACCACCACAUGGGACCUGGAGUGCUCUGUCAAAUUCUGCUACAACGAGGUAGAGGUCUAUCAAGUUACCAAUCACAAUUGUCAACCCAACAGUGACUUUUUUUGGGUUUUGUUGACAUGUUUUUUUCUCAAAUCACUAGAAAUGUGGAGAUGGAGGAAGAGUGAAGAGAAACCUGGAGGUGACCCAGCCGUGUCUGCAACCACCCAGUGAGUUCAGUUUAAACUCCAAAACAUGGAUCAUUCAAACUCUUCAGAUGCUCUGAGAGUCUACAAUUCUCUUGUCUAUCUUCAAAUGAAAACUUCUGGCUUCUACUGAGACUCUCAUGGCUUUCCACAUUUCUACUCCUUCCUUUUGCUUUAACCAACUUAAAGUGGAUAUUUUUAAACGAGUACCAAAGUCCAUUUUAAGGGUUUGAAACAGAGCACAUUAUUAUUUUUUUCUCUUUUUUGUAGUACAAAUGGAUUUAUAAAUCUGUGAAUAUAAUUACAUCGAUGCUAAAAGGCAAACUGAUCAUUUUUAAAUAAGCAAAGUCACUUUUCCAAAACGAUUCAAACCAAAACUGUUGGUAUAGUGGUACAAAAAAAGGACUAUUUUUACUUCCAUUACCUCAGGGAUUAAUGCUUCAUUUCUAAUUCACUAAAAUUAAACUUUCUGAACUCCCACUUACCUUUAUAUUGUUUAAAAUUAAGUUUCCCUGUAUACCCUCAGGUCUUAAUUGCCAGGCUGAUGCUCUGCUAGUGAAUUACUCCUGCUGCUCCAGUUUCAUUCCUAUUGUUGCUUUCACUGCACAACAAACGCAGCCCAAGCCGUUGUCAUAGCAGUGAGCUCAGGAUAUGCAGUGAAACCGGUAAGGGGUUUUGCAGGGCCGGGCCUCGUCUUUUAGGAAGGUCUGCAGGCUGACCUUGUGGCCACAAUCAGAAGUAAUGGCCCUCAGGGGAGCGGAGGUGAAGUCUUUUGUGUUUCCAAAGGGGGUCUGACUGGGUUUCUGUCCAAACACAGCCACUGAGCACGCUGCUAUUGUCAAAGCGGUCAACACCAAUGAGUCAAACGAGGGGAGAUGUAUUUCUCGAAACCAAAAAUAAUCAACAGAUGAUGAACAUCCAGGAAAACAAUCUGAUGAUUUAAUUCCCGUGCAGAAGGACAUCAGGAAGAGGAUGUUGCUAAAAAAUUGAAUCAUCAGGAGUUGGCGAGACUUUUUUUGUUUGACUGAUAAUGGGUUUUUAGUCAGUCACGACAUGGUAACCUGAAUCAGACAAAAGGCAUGUUUGAAGGGUUGAUAUAACCCAUGGAGCAUUUUUUGGUCUAACAGAAGUGUAAUAGAUGUCUAAAUGUAGCCUAGACGACUGGUCUAAAUUCAGGCUACCACAGGUCUAAAAAUGAAAGUUUUUUACACGUCUAAAUUUAGACCAAGUUUGGACCAAGUCUAAAUCUGGUCUAUAUCUAUACUACACUGUAUGUUGCUCAACAGCUAUCAUAAUAAUUUUGGUUCGGUACUUGGAGAUCAGUUAUGCAACUCACAGUUGCUUUUUGAAAUAAAUAGUUAUCGAAUAAUGGGUUAAAGUGCAACGUCCAACUUCCAUCUAAAAAUAAACAGAAUCUAGACGGUUGAAAUUAGGUCUGAAAAAAACAUAGAUGUCUAAUAGCCGUCUAUUCCUCAGUGGGAAAGUACAAUAGUGUGGGGACUUUUAACAUAUUUCACAGAGACAAAAUGAAAUAGAGUCCUAUUUCACUAAAUGUAUAAUACUUCAAAAUCCAGAUGCAGUAAAAUCAAAGUCUAAUGAUGUUGCUUCAUCCCUGUAAACUCAGACCUUAGAUCUUUAGAUACGGAACUGAAUAAAAACAGUUUAAAAAAGUAUAAAGGUUCAGUAAUCAGUAACCCAAGUUCUAACAUUGUUUUUGGAUUCUCUUGAACAUCAGCUUUGUGUCUCCUCCUUGUGUCUGUCUUUCCACUCCUUACUGGGAGGAACCAAGGGGAGGGACGCAGACGGAGGCAAUGACACAGUUGAGGGGACACACUAAUGAAUGGAGACACUUUUUACUAGCACUCAUGGACUAUUUCUUGUCCAGUCAGAUGAUUGGACAGAACUAACUGCUGUAUAAACGUCCACGCUGCUGGUUAUGCUGUUGUUCUGUACGUCAGCAUGCCUACAUCCUCCAAAGCUAUGCUCCCUCUUGAGAUAUACGGCUUAAGUAGACUCCUUGAGCUUCCUUUGUCCUUCUCUUCCUUUUAGAUGAAAAAAAUGGAAGUUACAGCAUGCUCUACUUGACAAGAUAGUCUACACAAUAUUCUCCUGUGACCUGUCAGUCCUCUUUCUAGGCUUUAACUUAGAAGAAAAAAAAGUUUUCCCAGAGACUGGCGUUUGCUGAAAUCCUUAAAUGAAAGUGGAUGAUAAGAAAGAUCCUGGUUUGUGGUGCUUUUUAUGUGGUUCCAUUCAUUCCCCAGUGUCAGGGCAGCAAAGGUUACAUCAGCAGGACUAGCAGUAAUCAUCCUUGUUUUGUAGUUUCCGUUCAAAAGGCUCCGGGGAGUCGCAUCACAGGCAUUUGUCUUGCGUCCUCUUCCCCACCUGCACAGGAGCUUCUGCUUCCUGCUCAUGUUUAUUCAGCCGCGCUUACACAAGCGAACACCGCAGCUGAUGACAGACAUAAAAAACAGUCUCAGGAGAAAGCCUGCUCGACUUGAGGUUAUGUUUUUAGCACAGCUGAGGUCAAAAAUGUUCCACGCUGGCUGAUCAACAAACCGGAUUUGUUGUUUCCAACUGCAGUCAGCAAAGACGGCCACAAGAUGUCACUGUUUCAGUGCUCUAGGUCAUCAUUAAUUCAGCUGAUUUAGAGUAUUUUUUAAUCAAACAUCAACCUGCCUAUAGUAAGUGUACCCAUUAUUUUAACACAUUAGAAUAAAUAAACAUAUAGCAGUCAGUAUGAGACCUUUUCCCUUCGACUGUUUAUGCUUUUUUUGAUUAAAUCUUUCCUGGUUUGAUGUGAGCUGUGGGUUCAUCCAGGCUGACUGCAGAGGCUGUCACACCACCCACAUUUAUUCAAACACACAUUAUGCACAGAUCUGCGGCUCUACUCUGUUUUUGUGAAUAUUGUUUUUCUUUGUUUCGUGUGAAAGCAGGAGCUGUAAAAAGAAAGCUCAGUUUAGUGCUUAGUCUAACACACUCCACCAGGAGGCUGCAGGCACCAGGGACAGGUGAGAAAAAACUCUCGCAAAGGUGAUGAUUGGCCUCCUCCAAAUGUUUGUGGUAGUUGUGGGAGCAUCUCAGCAGGAAGCAGAAGAAGGGGAGAAGAAAAAUAAUGUGAUUUUGCACCCUGUUUUUCCUCUAAUGCAGCUUAUAGCAUGCAGACGCUUGUUUGUGUUCCUGGAGGGGCUCUCUGACAGCUUGUUCCCAUUGAUUCAGUUAAAGUUGUGUGUUUGUGAAGCCUCAAGGAAGCCAAACCACUUUCCUUAAUUCGGACUUUGGAACACAGUUUAAGCCUGGAAACAAUUCUACAGUCAGGAAUGGAGCAUAUCUCAGAAGUCCAAGUUAAUAUCAUUGUCCAAACUUUACAAACCAUUUAACUUCUGAGUUCAGGGGAAGCUCCAGAUGAUCUUUGGUUCACUCAGCCUGAAAUGACGUUCGUCUCAAGGCAAUCCUUUGUGACUUUGCCAGACCGCAAAGAGAAAAAGCAAAAACCUUGCCAGACAUGAGGAGUAUUUUUCUGGCACAGAAAGUCAGAGGCUUGAGCUCCCGUUAACGUCUGCCUGUUUUUCAAAAUCUUUCAGGGCUGAAUCGAAGAAAAAACAAACUAUAAUUUUUUUUCAUUGUUUUUGGCUCGGGGUUUUGUGUUUUCUAUUAAGUUUGUCAGCAGUGAGGCAAGAUGUGGGGGGCCAGCCAGCCCACAGCUUGCCCAAGGAACAUCACCAAUGCCAAAUUUGUUUGUAAAUUGAAAUUUGUAUCAUUAAAUUAGAAGAGAGAAAAUAAUUGAGCGUAACAGUUCUUUUAUUUUGGUUAAACUGAGGUCUAGCCCUGCAUAAGAAAUGAGUCAUGUUUACCUCAGGGCUUUGCUUGUGUUGUCAUAAACAGGAGAGAGGAGGGAGUAGCUUUGAAAGGGAGAUUUUAUUUAUUCUUUGUUGCGUUUAGUCUUCAUGUAGUUUAAUGUGCAGGUUAAUGAGUAGGGUUGUGUGGGAAUCACCUGUGGCCCCACGAUACAAUAUUAUCACGAUACUUGAGCCACGAUAUAAUAUUAUCACGAUACUUUAACCACAAUACAAUAUUAUCACGAUACUUGAACCACAAUACAAUAUUAUCACGAUACUUGAGCCACAAUACAAUAUUAUCACGAUACUUGAACCACAAUACAAUAUUAUCACGAUACUUGAGCCACAAUACAAUAUUAUCACGAUACUUGAACCACAAUACAAUAUUAUCACGAUACUUGAACCACAAUACAAUAUUAUCACGAUACUUGAGCCACGAUAUGAUAUUAUCACGAUACUUGAGCCACAAUACAAUAUUAUCACGAUACUUGAGCCACAAUAUGAUAUUAUCGCAAUACUUGAGCCACGAUAUGAUAUUGUCACGAUACUUGGGCCACAAUAUGAAAUUAUCACAAUACUUGAUCCACGAUACAAUAUUAUUGCAAUUUUUUACAUUUUGCAACACGGUGAGUAUUGUGAUACAAUAUAUUGCAAUUUAUGCCAUUUUUUCAACUGUUUAGUUAAUUUAGCAUUCGGCUUUCGUUUAUGUUUGUCUUAUUUCCACAGUACUUUAUUUUCAUGUAGCACAUCUUGCAAACCUCAUAUAUAUUUGUUGUACUAACUUUCUCCUGCUCUAUGAUGUCACCUUACUAGACAAACAGUUGAUUUUAUUUUUCCAUCAUAUAGAUUUGACUUCAUAUUAGCAAUUCAUUUGAAAAAUCGAUACUUGGUAAAUGAGACGAUACGAUAUAUCAUCAGACAAAAUAUCGCAAUACUAUGCUGUAUCGACUUUUUUCUCCCACCCCUUUUAAUAAUCUAUAUCACUAAUCUUUUAAUUGCUUGUUUGGUUCAGUCCAGUUUUGGCCAUCACAAACCAGUCACCUUUCUUCCUGUAAAGAUUUAUCAUUUUGAGGUCUUUUAAAACUCAAAUUCUUGUAACGAUCACUGAAAACUCGAGCCUGGCAGUCUUUGAACAUAUCAUGGUGCAAUGAGAGGGGCCAAUUCUGCCCCCAAAUGAAUGCUCUCUGUGUAAUUUCAGUACAUGAAUCAGCGAACGUCACCGCGGUGCCUCUUGUUCUGCAGUACAGUCUGUGCUGCGUUUAACCCCUCGCCUGUGCUUUGUGAAUUCAACAGUGACUUGCCUCAUUUGCACAGAUUUAGCAUGCACAAAAGCCACUCCAUGUUUUUGCCAAUCAAGUCCUCAGUAUUUAAUAGACUCACAUCAAAGCUGACAACCAGCAAUUUGUCUUCUUGUAUUUGAGAGAAAUCAGCCAGUCGGGUCAAGCAACCAAAACCAUACUGUGUCACCACUUUUACACUGGAGUUGCAGCUGUGUUUUCAUGUGAAUAUAAUGCGACUUAAAAGUUGCUCUGCAUAGACUGAAGUAUUUUUCUAAAAGUCAAAGUUUCAAAGUUUGACUCCUGUUUUUUAUGGUGAUUUUUAACUGAAGCUUUCAUACUUUGAUUUUUCAUCUCUUUCAGCCCCUCCCUGCUUUGAUUUCGGCCUACCUGGUGUUCUGGGCAUCGCAUUUGGAGGCUUCCUGAUUGGAGUUUUACUUAUUGGAGCGCUGUGGUUCAUCAAAAUUAAAACAGGUGAUGACACGGCUGAUAUCAGAAUUUCUAAUCGAAGAGAUGUUUGUUUGGAUUUUAAAAUAUCCCAUUCUGCCUUACUCAGGGUACCCAACUGGACUGGACAUAAGCUCAACUGCAGCAAAUCUUCCUGGUAUGGAAAUUUGGCUCUUAUUUUUCCUUGAAUUAUUGUUCUUUGUUUCUUCUUCUCAGGUUCUUAUUGGCUUCUCUCUCCUCUCUCUCCAGGAUGUCCCUGCUCAGGCGCAAAACGACAGCCUGUCUCGACCAACCCUUCCCCCUCUGAGAACAGCAGCGCUAACGCCAGCAUUGGAAGCACCCAGAGCACGCCGACCAGCAGCAUGGCAUGAGAUGAUGAUAACCUCCACCACCAGCAGGGCCACCAUCUCCCUUUAAAGUCACCUAUAAGGGUUUUGUGCUUUUAUUUUCUUAAAUGAUGCUUGAGAAAAGCAUUCCUCCCCCUCUCAGCCCCUCUCAAAUUCACGUUAAAAAGCACAACCGACGUCUUUGACAUGCAAUUACAUGUGAUCUGGGAGUAUGUGGUGGUGUAAGGAGAGGGGGGGCGUUGGGUGACAGAUAACAGAAGUCUGAUCAAUGGCUUCUAACGCUCACCUCCCCUGCCUCUCUGUAAAAUCAAGCUCCUACACAGGAAGUUAAAGAGGGCAAGCGAAAAAAAAAUAAAUUGGCUCCCAAGCAACAGGAAAAACAAACCAUAUCCCCCCAAGAGCUAACAGGAAAUUCACUACAUUCCUUUCAAUGAAUUGUGCCUGUGUGAUGGCAGCACAAUAAUAGUCAGACAGGAGACAAACUAGUCAAAAGACCUGCUUUGAAAAACAGAUGAAAAGCUGUUUUGCAUUCACAUCUAAGCUACAAAAAUACGAUGGGCUUUUGGCAAGGUCAGUCCAAAAAGUUAUCAGCCAUGUUUCGGGGACUGCAAAGCUCAAACCAGAUGCUCACUUCAAGGGGUAUUUGUUCAAAUUGGAGCUUGAAGUCAACGGUUAACAGCUACCUCCUAUUAUUUCGAGUUCUGGGGCUAAGGUUAUAGUUAGCACUAGAUUUCUCUGGUGAAGUGAUCCUUUUCUCUACCUUAUAGUUGGAUCUUAUUGCUGACCCGCUGGGUCAUUUGUAGCACUUACAACAAAGUUAUGGUGCCGCUUUUAUGCUAUAUAAUAGCUUCAUCAAGGCAUUACGUCAUAGUAUUUUUUCUCCUUUAUUGUUUCAAGACUCAGAAAUAUUUGUUUGAUCUCACGUAUAUCUCAACAAAACACAUCCUGACAUAAUUCAACUCUCAGAGGUAUCCUUUAAAUAUAAACCACAAGAGUUUUAUGCUUGUAAAAUAAGAAAUAGUCUUAGUUUGGAGCUUAGUCCUGAGCCCAGAGUGAGCACCAGAACUCUGCACAUCAGUUUUCAGACCUGAGUCUGUCUAAAUGGGAAAUGCCACUCAUACAGCUGCACCCACAGGGUGGAGUGUCCCCAGAUUAAUCUGUCCAGAGGUGAAACACAAGUGCUUCCCCUUUUACACAAUCUUAACCCAAUGUCUUAUACAAGUCCUCUGACUAGAAUUUUUACCACGAAGUCAGUGACCGUGGUAACAGACCUGUGUCCAUUCAUGAAGAAAACAGGAUAACAUUGAUAUCCAUGUGUCUUCCGGCCGGUAUUAUCACUAUCCUGUGAAUCUGAAUGCUGCUUUUUAAGGUGCCUACAUCAUAAUUCUUCCUUAUUUGAAGAUGAAGUCGCCAGCCGCUGAUGUUUUGCUCUGUUUUUAAUUGGAGAUGAAUGCAGCAGUGGGGAAAUAAUUAGAUCUGUACCUGAUGUUGUGGAUCACUAGCGCAUUCACAGCUUUCACUUUGUCAAAGAAGUAAUCCUUGAUCCCUGCUACACACUGAUGAGUUGCUACCUCGAUGUGACCGAGCUUCUCGAAACUUUUUUUUUUUUUUUUUCCUCGGGGGGGACUUUAGGUACAAACAACAGCCUGAAAUAUUCCACAUCGAAAUUCACAUUUAAUUAGUAGUAAGUGUCACGCAGAAAGAAAUGAAAUCUGUGAGAUUGAAGGCAAAUGUUUGUUUUAAACAAAUGGGCCAGAAAACCCGAUUUUCCAGUUGAAAACUGGCAAACUCUUAUGUUUGGACUGUAAAUAGGUAAUCAUGAUAUAUCUAUAUACCUGACCCUCUUUUGUUUGACUUGUUGUAAACAUCACUUUCUCUGCAUGCAGUUUAAUUGGACUCUAAAGGAUAACCACUUGUACAACUCACCAUAUUCACAUUACAGUCUUAGAUUGGGCAGAAAGCUCAAAUGCUGUUAUUCAGCUCUCAAACUGUUAUCUCAAGUUAAAACACACUAGUAACUAUAGGGCAGAAGUUAAAGAUAGCAACCACUGACUACUGAGCCUGAGUUACUUUAUGAUAGUGAUACACAAGAGGUGGAAAUCUCUUAUAUACAUUACUGUUAGCAAAUCCGCUAACUAACAAGGUCAUCUGGUUUGAUAUUCCAGCUUGUCAAAAAAGCUAAUCUUAAAAAUGUUCAGCCAGUGGAAACUGAAAGGAUCAUGUUUUCUUUUUGUGUCAUUUAACACUAACUUAGAUAUGAGCCAGGGUGUGCUAACAUUAGCUGCUGUCCAGUAGGACUUGAUGGGUGUUGAAAUAAGUUCGGACCUGUUACAGCCUGACUGACUCAUCUUUUUUUAGUGACUGAUCAGUCAAAAAUACAAUAAUACAUCUUCCAACCCUGACCUGUUUGUAAUAUCAGAGGAAAAUGGCCUCAAAGUCGACACGAUCAAAUAGUAUAACGACGGUUUGUGCUUGUAAAAGCUAAAAACACAGGUCAAUCAGUUGUGCUGAGGUCUGAAAACUUUCCCUUGAACUUUUUUUUUUCCAGCUCUCUUCAUUUACCUUCCAAAGCGGAAACUCUCACUUACACAAACUAACUUUCUCUCAAACUGCUUAACUAUGCUCAUGCUCGACAGAACCUGCAGAACUGCGAAUCACUACUAUAGAGUGGCGGUUGAUCCGUGAAUGAAUGUUUUCGAUAAGUGUAUUUUAUAUACCAUCCUACCACUCUCUUUACCUCUUUAAAUUAAGUCCCAUCACACACCCGUCUUGUUUUUAGUUUGUAUCCACAGUGCAUAACCUCCCUAUACACUGCAUACUGAUUACCUUUGACUUGCUUAUAUAAUCACGCUGACAAUAGUUGCUCCUUUUUGAUCAAAACUGCAAAGAUGACUUACUCACCUCCAAAACUUCAUGCAUAAUUCUCUCUCCAAAGAAAUUUGUAUCAAGUGUUUUAAAAAAAAAUACACAUUGCCACUUGAGUAUUUGUGCAAUAUGAUGAGAUAAACUUGUAUUUAAUGUCUAUAUUAUUUUUUUUAACGUGUUUUUUCUUUUUUUUUUGUAAGUGAUGUAUGAUAUUCUUACUCAGAACUGUUUUCUUAACUCGCUUUGGUCUAUUUUAUGUAUUCAGAGAACUGGGACAAUUCUUAUCAAGGCACUUAUAUAAAUAAAUCAAUAAAGAAAUCAGAUUUGUAUCUGUACAGAAA